GUUUCGGGGGAUGGUGUGGUCCAGGAAGCGCGCCUCUCCUCUGCUCUCUCCUCUCUCGUACUCAAUGAAUCAGCUGACGAAUGGUAUCUCCCUCCUCUCCCGGAUGGAUCGGCGCCGCUGAAGCCGGGCAGCCUGAGCGCUGACACAGGAGCAGGUUGCCCACGGCUCGCUCUCCUGCUGCUGGAUGUCACAACGACCGAUCGCCGGCUGAAACAUUUCCUCCCCCCUCACGAAACAGAAGAGAAACACUUUGUUGAAAUUUCCUCCUCGGGCUGGGAGCUACCCGCUGCCCGUCACUAUGGCUUCCAACUUCAACGACAUAGUCAAACAGGGAUACGUGAGGAUACGGAGUAAGAAACUGGGGGUGAGUAGUGUUGCACUUGCUGUCUAACGCUAAGGAGGAAAGGAGGAGGGAGAGGAGGAGGAGGAGGAGGAGGAGGAAGAGUGGUUCCAGUUGUUUCGGGGGCGUAUGGAUUAAGAAAAAGGAUUUAAUUGCUCCAUAGACUGCCGUCCUGCUGUGAGCUUUUCAAGAGGAAAAACAGAUUAGAGCAGCAUAAAACAGCCGCCAAGUUUGUCUCAGUGUAUUGUGCAAAAGACGUUGGCAAAGUGUUGGAUGAAUGACAGCUGCUGUCAUGUUUGUACUUGUAAAUCACAUUGUCAUUUUUUGGCUUUACUUUCUGGGCUGCAACUUCAUUUUUAGUAACAUAGACAAGCUGUACAUGAAAUUGUCUGACAGUGGUAUUAAAAUCUGCAGACAGAAGAAAAAAAAGGGUAGAAUAUGACUCAAAAAGAGUUCUAUAUUUUGCUGUAAAGGGUUAGUAAUCUCUUUUUUGACUGGUAAAAUCUGUAAAAACAUAUAAAAAGUCAACAUUUUGCAAAUGAUCACAAUCAAUACAUCCCCAAACCCCAAAAGGAUGUCAUGAAAUACCUCUUCUAGCCAAGUGAACACUCCUGAAUCUCAGAAAUUUCACCUCAUGCUUCAUUUAAGCAGCAAAUCAUUCCCUUUAUGAAGUUACCACCAGCAAAUAUUCGCCAUCUCAGCUUGAAAAAUGACUGAAGCAAUUAAUUACUCACCAGCACAAUAGGUGAUUAAUUCUCCUUAGAUUGAGUGAUCUUUUCAUCAAUAAUCAUGGCAGCUUUUACUCUUUACAAAUGUUCCCUUCCCAGUGUUGCACCUCAGUCCUCUUUCAGGCAGGAUGAGUUAUCCCCCAACUCUGAAAAGUCUCAUUGAAAUCCAGCUGAUUCUCUGCGAUGGCAGCUCUUCAAUGCCUUUGAUAAUGGCUUUUCCAUUGAGAAACUCCAAGUUGAAAAAUGGCUCGACUGCUUAAAUGGAAACGCAUGAUAUAUAUUCAAUUAUGAGCGCCUUAUUGUCUGACUCAUAAAGCCAUCUGCUUUUGUUCAUACUUCCAGCUCAUUAGCGGGAACACUCCCUCUCCUUUUGAUGAAGUGUGAUGAUGGGGGCUAAUGAUGUCUGCCUCCUCACAUCAUCACCUGGCUUCAUCAACACUUCUUCUGUUGUUUGCUGCAACUAUAGCUCUUUUUGAUUACACUUUGGGGGUAAAUGUUGUCGAGUAAGAAAAGCCUUCACACCCCUGCAGGACUCGCACAAGACGAGCCUGAUAUUAGAUAUGAAAGUGCGAGACAUUUGUAGUUGUUGUUGUUGUUAACAUGCAAAUGAUUACGCUCACAUGCACUUGGAACAGUUCAUUUACUUCUUGCAUAUGCAAUUAGCCAGACGCAUUCGAGAAACAGUGUGAGCGUGUGUCUGUGUGCAGAGUGAGGACGCAUGCUGUGUUGGCUGUCUUUGCUGGAGGUAUAGAUGCCAGCUCCACAUCUCAUCCUGCUGCUUGUUUGAGGGAAACAGUUUGUGUCCUGAUCGCCCACUCCUUCAACCCGCCGCCGCCGUUUACUUGCACGCUGCUGUUUCAUCAGAGAAACGCCACGCUGCGAUGGCCUCAGAGGACCCCGGUGUGGGCAGAUAGAAAGUAUUCAUCUGUCCACACUAGGGUUAGUUAAUAAAGCGCCAUUAUUAUUCUGUAUCAGUUAGAGGAUAAAAACAACCUAAUGGAGCAGAAAAAGGUUUCGCCUAGUCUGCAUCAAAAGACACUGAUACGCCACAUCUCUGUGAUCUCUUAAUGUGGGGAAAAAUGACUUAUAAUGUCACAGCUUCAUGGUUAGUGUUGGGUUUCGAGAGAGUUCAUAAUCCAAACAUGGCAGAUGUACACAUGCAUGGGCUGAAGGACAGAUGCACAUCUGUUGAGGGGGUUCUUAUUUAGAGCCAGCUUCAGUUUAAUCAUAAAAUGCAUGAAGAGAGUCAUGGCAUACUAGCUUAAUACAGAGUCAGAUUUAAAAAAUAGGAAGUUCCUCUGAUAUGAUUUCUUGGUUUUAGGAAUAGUUAGACCAAUCAUAACUAUUUUCAACACCUUGCUUGAAGGAAACAAGGUCUAUAUGAUGUAUUUCAGGUGGACUUGGUGAUUCAGAUGGAAAAACACAAAGUCAUUAUCUUCCUUUAGCAAGAAAUCACAAGGAGGCUGCGAGCUGAGCUGCCACAACCUUGUUUUUAAGGUGUUGGCCUGAUGCUGUCUCUCAUCUGUAUCACAUAUAAUAAGGCAUGUUAUUUGAUUCCAAAAAAUCACUAAUAAGGCUUUACUUUCCAGAAACAGCAAACCAGACAAAGAUAACUGAUCAAAAUGCUACAUAUAAGUAGGGCUGGGCAAUAUGGGAAAAAGUUAGUCACGAUAUAUUUUUUUCAUAUCAGUCGAUAUCGAUAUAUAUCACGAUAUAAAAAAUGAAAUUUAACAGUGCUUAUUGGUAGCAUGUUUUUCGCAAUACAAUAAGCUACUGCAUCUGUGAGUUCUUCGUGUCUCUUCAGUGUUUUGUUGUAAGGUGUUGAGCUAAAGAAAGUGGACUGUAUGGUCAGCUGUUUUGGCUGCACAGGUGUCAUGGGCUCCUUGCUCUGCUUGGAGUUUGUAACCUUUUGCAUUGCGCGUGCUCUGUUGCAGGGGACUGUUUCAGGUGGUGAAAAAGAUCUGAGGUAGUCCCAGACUUUGCGAGAACAUGUACUAGACAUAAUUUGCAGUGCACAUUACUCUGCUUCAUGUCAAACCUCAAAAAACCAAAAUACCUCCACACCACCGACGUUUUUGUGCCAGUGUUGUUGACGGUGUCAUCAUCUGUUGAGCCUUCAUCUGCAUUUCUGUCGGGGGUAGCACUCAUUUUAUUUUUUCCUCACCGACAGUGCUGUUGGCUUCACCUGUUAAAGUGAUAUGCUCGCAUGUAGCUGCAGCCUGCUACUACAAGGUUGUUUGCUACUUGGUUUUAAUUCAGCACAUGAUUGGUUCAGCAGCGGACCUGGAGCAACUCCUCUUUUCAUUGGCUAUUUGUAUAGUUGACCAAAACAUGGCAGAAUGCCGACUAUCGAAAAGGAUAUUGACCGUGUUUUAUAUUGAUAUUGAGAGAAAUUAAUUUUCGAUAUCGUUAUCGUUUUAUUGGCCAGCCCUACAUAAAAGAGUUGAAUGAAUCCUGUGAUCUAAGACAGGUCUUUUAGGGAGCUGUAAGCUGAGCUGUUGCAAACUGUAUUUAAGAGAAAUAUCUGUUGUCCUGAGUUCAAAGCUAAGAUAGAUGUGGAUCUAGCAGUUCACACAAGACUAACAAAGUAGGAAUUAUUUCAUCUGCUGCCUCCAGUGGUAGCAGUCACACACGGCUAAUAAGGCUAGUUUAGCUAGUUACUGAGUCUCCUGCUUUGCUGCUUCUUCUUUGUCUUCUCUCUGUUUAAUGGAACCACUGACAUUCUAAAGAUCUACUUAUCCCCCCUGCUGUCAUCAUGUACACACAGGGUGCAGGGUAUGUUUAAAUUUAACACAGCAUCAAAAGAUGGUAAUGUAAUUUAUCGAAAAGUUAGUUUUCAUCCAAAAGCUAAUGUGACUGUAAAGCUAAAAUAUCUUCCCUCACUGAUUUUUUCAGCUGUAUCACUCAUGAUUUUAAUUUGUUAAAUUCAGCCGCAGGAGAAAGCUCCUCAUUUAAAAAAAAAACGAUCAAAAUUAUCAUCAUUUCCUCAAUCACUGAGGAGAAAAAGAUCACAAAUAUAUUUCAGGACAUUGCAGCUGUGACUUGCAAUUAUUUUCAUCACAGAUAAAUCAGGUGAUCUUUUCAUGAAUCACUUGUUUUUCUUCUUUGUGUGUUUUUUGCCUGACAGAUCUUAUUUUACAAAUGCCGUGCACCACCAAAAGUAUCCACACAUUGUUUUACUUAAAAACACCCUCUGUGCUUGAGUUUUAGGCUCAAAAGGUCCUGAGUGUUUUCCUCCUCAUGUGGUUUUUUAAAAUGUUUCUUUUUUCGGUUCUCGAAAGGUCUUUCAAAUAUCACAUAUCAAGACUUUGCAUCACCGUUGACCUUCUCAUGCUCCCUGCCUACACUCUAUUGUAACGCUCAGCCUUUCAAAAAUGUAUUCCACAUUAUUUUUCAUUAGCAAGUCGUACAGUCGGAUGGUUCUCUUUAUGCGAUAUGUAAUACAGUGGAAACAGCAACAGCUUUGCCUGAACUCAUCAGCAUCCGUCAGCAUGAUUGGCUCAUUUCCAAACCCCUUCAUGUGUGAAGGUUGAGGCCAUGAGGUCACUUCUGUGUUCUGCAGAGUGAUCAAAAUUACCAACCAGGGCACUUUUUCUCUUUUUUUUCCUUUUUUCUGGGAGAUUUUUUUCCCCUCUUUUUUUUACUGACAUGACUAGCAACGAUUAGCAUCAGCCAACUUCUUUGUCUCUUUGUUGGCUAAAGAGACAACGGUGCAGUGUUCUUGAAUGCACAACUAGAGUCUAUCCUCUUUUCUUUCUCACAUUCGCCUCCUCUUCCUCACCUCUCCACCCGUUUUCUCAUCUCACAUUCUCCCCCAGCUUCUCACCUGUUCUCCCCCCUCUUCAGUGUCCCUCUCUCAUCUCCUCUCCCACUAUUCUAUCUCUCUCUCCUCCUUUCUUUACCCCUUUAUCUAGUUUUAUCUCCUUCACCUCAUGCCCCCUUUCUCUCUCACCUUUUCUCUCCUUCACCGGUUUGCAGACAGCUGAGACUGAGCACAAAAGCAUCCUAUUCAUCACCCCACACUGCACCCUCCAUAACCCCCAACAGGCCAUUCUGCCUGAUACACUACACACACACACACACACACACACACAUUCAUAUGCAUUUGCCUGGUUCAGCAUUGAAGAAUUGGCACACAUUCGCCCUACAAACAAGUAAACAAUCUGCUGCCAGGGAACAGUGUGCAAAUUCUCAAUUAAUUUUAAUCCUGUGGCUUUGUACCAUACAGUAUUUUUUUUUUUACUACAUAGAGAAAAGCUACACGCUCACAAGAGCCAAAAACGAGUCCCCCUGAGCUCAUAAAAACAUGAAAAUCAGGCGAUAUCUAAGAAACAGAACCACUGAUAUCCACCGAUUCUUCCAACCUCUUUCAGAGAAAAAUGUCUGAUGCUAUCAGCGAUGAAUAACAUGACCUUUGAGUAAUUUCUGUGUCAGUCUCCAUCCUGUUACAUGUUUCCCAGGUUAAGGAUUGCAGUGUUAAUGUAGAAAAGGUCAGCUGUUGAAUAUUUUCCCCCUACCUGUCUAUCUAAACCCUUUUCAAGCUCUAACAAAAAUGCUCAAUUUAAGUUUGCUGGAGGUGAGUGUGUGUCUGCCAUUCAGCCUCUCCAUUCACAAACAUGUUUUGACACUUCAAAGGAGCCGUGGAUCAGAUGCCGGCUCAGAGGCAGAUAUGUAAUAUUUUAAAGAGAACUUCUCUCACAAAGAUAAACUGUUAUUUCCCACCACAAAGAGUACCUACAAUAUAUUUAAUAAAAGAGUCAAAAAAUAUCUAUCAGCAUACAUGUUACCUAUCAAAUGAAGUAAAAUGAACACAUAUUGUUCGCAUCUGCAAAGUUAGCUAACAAAGUGGCUCUUGAAAGUGAGGGAUACUGAGGAGAAUGUGGCUGAUGGAGAGCAGUUUGUGAUGCUAUUUGACAAAAAGUACAGUGAAGAAAAAGCCAUGGUGAAAUAGUGCCUGACUCCUGCAGUUGUAGUUGUAGCUUUUUGUUUUAUGCUCCGUAACUCAUGUGGUUGUGUUUGAGUCUUACUGCUUUUCUAGUGUUAAGCCAUAAUAGCAAGGUGUCUCCAACUAAAUAAAAGCUCAGCAAAACCCAGAACUAGAACGUCCUGCUUGGCAUCAAAAGAGUAAGUUAGUGGGCUCAGCUAGCAUUUAGCCCAUGAUGGAAGUGUUAGAAAAUGCGGCAGAAGAGCGAAAAUUUUUUAAGGUGCUAGAAAGAUGACCAAAAUGUGAACCGUGAAUGUGGUCUAUGCAGAAAAAAUACAUUUUAAGGUGGAUUAAGGUUGCAGAGAGGUGGAAAAUUUCAGGCAAAUUUCCAGAAACUUUCCAUGAGAAGUUUCCAGAAACUUUCCAUGUGAAGUUAAGCUGGGGAAUUUUGGAAAUAUUCCAAAUUGGAAAGUUUCCAUGGGAAUUAUGGGAAUUAAUGGGAAUUAACUGGAAAUUGGGGGUAAUUUAAACAAACUGUGUUAUAUCCAAACAUAUAUGUAAAUAUUCUUGUUUUACCAUAAGCAGACAUCCAUGCAAAAUGAGAAAUAGCUUACAUUUAGCACCUAUUUUUAUUUAAUUUUUGAAAGUUAUAUAUUAUACUAUUAUAGAUCAAAUAUAUUUACCGCAUAAUAUUAUCAAAAACUACUUGACUUAAUGUAGUCUGUGGGCUCAAAUAUGUUGUGCUUUGGGAUCAAAAGUGUGGCCUCAAGGGUUCAGUGCGCAUGUAGUUCAGGAGUGUACUUGCAUUAUAUCUGGUUGUUUUAGCCAAGAUUAUGCUACAAUGUAUUUUCCCCAACUAUAUUUAAGUUCCCUGUUGAGGGCCAACCUUCCAUUUUGUAAAUUUCUGAUUUAUCCCCGUUAAUUCCCAUGGAAAGUUUCCAACUUUGAAAAUUCCCGGAAUGUUGCAACCCUAAGGUAAGACUCCAAAUGUAAGCCAGUGUCACAAUUUGGCUAUAGCGCUAGCAUACAUUUAUUAUCUAUACACAUCUUGAGUAGAUAAUGUAUUAGACGAGUCAAAUCUGUGGUCCUAAUGCUCUGCUUUGCUCACUGGCAAGCACCUCACUUAGCUUUUUGAUCAUUUUGUUGCUAGCUGAUUGUAGAAUCUGUAAAAUAUGAUUCAAUUCUGUUCUUCAAAAGCCAGACAACGCUACUCUAUGCUCAAGUGGUCAGUUGUAGGCCAAAUAGUCUCACUCUCCCUCCAGCUCACUGUUGAUAUUUUGAAACCUGAGGCAGACGGUGUUGAGUAGUUUAAAAUUUGGGCAGUGAGAUAAUCAACUUUAGAGAUUUUAAGGUUCAGGGUUCCUGAAGAGAAUUUUACUGUGCUUUAUAGGAUCAACUAUAAAGUAUUCUCAUUUAUAUUCGAUUGACGACACAGUUGUAUUCAACACACUUUUAAUUAAUAUUAAAUAAACAUGCAAACCGUUCAUGCGGUCCGCGGCAGAAAGAAUUAAAAUGGAUGAGACAAAGUUUUACUCUGUUGCAAUCUAAGUGCGGUUAUGAGAGCGCUGUGGUCAAACUAGAAAUGUCAAGCAGAAAACACAUUAAAAAUGCAUUACAUUUGGUCCAGGGUAAGGAGGAGUGAAAACACAAUCAGCUGAAAGUAUGGAUGUAAACAAAUAAUCAGUAAACCAAUAAUCCUGUCUGCUGAGUUAAAGAAAGACUAUUCAUCAUCUGAACGUAAGGAUAUAAUUUGCAAAAAGAUAGGUUCCUUUACUCUAAUGUUUGCAGAAAUGAUUUGGGGUUUGGAGAUUACUUUUUUACAAGAGACCAUUUCAAAACAGUUUUACGCUUCGAGUUGGUUUAGGGGCAAAUAACCCUGUGUAAUUUAUGAACUGAAAAACAAAUAACACACUUCAGUCCAGUAUUAUUGGAUUCUUGCUGGUUAUGAUCUUGUGAGAAGGCACAAUGUGUGACAGAAGUUCCAAUAUGAGCACAGUAGUCUAUAUCUCAGUGACCUGCUCCCAAACAAAGCAGACAAUGCAGGAAUCUGAUCAUUUUUAAUAAGUGUUUGAACAUCAAAUUACAUGAUGUAAUACUCCCACCAGCUAUAGUGACUCUUGGGUUCAGCGCUAAUUAGGAAUGUUUACCCAUGAGAUAAAUAUGCAAUUCAUUUAUCCUCCCAUCUGCGCUCUGUUGGGGGAGAAUUUAAGCAUGUAAAUAUAACAGAUGAAGCACAGUUCAAUCAGUGCUGAGAUGAUCAACAGAAUAUCUGCACUCAUUUUAAGAGUUGAUUAAACCUGACUGUUAUUCUUGUCAAUCAAGCUUCACAACAACACUGUGGUUUAAGCUUCUCUAAUGGUUUGUGAAGGGGUGUGAAAGGUUUGUUUUUGCAGUUUAAAAUACCAAUCAGUAUGUGUACAAGCAUAGUAGGCCUGGGCAAUUUGGCAAAAAAAAUGAUUACAAUAUAUUUUGUUGUAUCGUCGAAUCUCGAUUAUUACUACAAUUUUUUUUUAAACUGCCAGUUUUAAAGAAUCUGUACUAAAAACUAAAGAAACUAGAGAUUAGUUCAACAUUUUAUGAACAUACAAAGUAAAAAAAGCAAAUUGAAAAAGAUAAACUUGGCAGAUAAAUAUUACAAAACAAAAGUAGAUAAAUACUAAAUAAUACAUUGAACUAGUUUACAGUCCUGAGUGUUUUUGCAGGUAUGCAAGACCCAAAAUAAACAAAUCACCCCCUCAGCGAUAGUGAAGAUGCCUUAAAAUGUAAAUAUUAGAUGAUGUAAAAGUAGAUGAUGUGAUUGGUUGCUGCUUUGGUCUGGUGGCUGCACCGCUAGUUGGAGCUUAACUGCUAAUGCUACUUGUGCCGUCAGCAGUAACAGGCUGUACAGACUCGGCUUGUAUUUUCAUGUUUUUGCAUAAUCACUCGGGAAGAACUUCUUCAAAUGAUUGAACAGAUCUAUUGUGUUGCCAAUUUUUGAGGGCACUGACUGCCGACAUACCUCACACAUCGGCUUAAUUGCUUGACGACGUCGAACCACCGCAACACAACCGACUUUGAAUAACUUCUCAACAAUAACAUCUUCGGAGGAUGACUCAAAGUCUCGGCUGACAUCUAUUUUGCUGCCCUCGGCUCCACGUUUAGCUCCACGUUCGCACAUUUCCGCUAUGUUUGAUCGAGUAAAUAUGCUCACAGUUGAUCACCGUGAUCGAACUGAAAUUUAUCACAAUCAUCAAUCACGAUCAUAUAAACGCCCAGUCCUAAUGUGUAGUUAAGUCUAGUCACUGUCACAGCUUGAAAAGGUAAUCGAACUUGACUACUGUCUUGUCCCAGUUGAUGGGCAAGAAUCAAGUAGCUGACAGAGGAAAAUUCCUUUCUUUGUCUUUCAAAGUUUUAUUUUCUAUCCGGCAUCUUAGCAAUGCAUUUGUGCUACACAACUUCAUGCCCAAAGUCUGGCGUGCAAAAAUUGAAGUGCGUGUAGAACACUUAGGCCAAUUGGAUUUUGUGUGAUUUCCACCAGACUUAGUUGUUUACAUGUUUUUGAGUCCUGUUUUAGUCAGGUUAAGGCAAUGAUUUGAACAGCAUGUUAAUGAGUGGACUGUUUCUAAAGCAGUAACAUCAGAUCUUAAGAAAUUACGCCAGUAUGAAGGUUACAAAAUCAUAGUUCUUAGAGUCAAGAGGCUGAAGACGUGUAUCUACCAUGGACUGUUCCUUUAGCUGUUUCCAUCUUCUCUUUUAACUCUAUGAUCGAUCAGAAAUUCCUUUGCACCCUUCAAAAUCAAAGCAUUUUUUUUAAAUAAAAAAAGUAAAAACACCAAGGCAUUGGCGGGACAAAGGCAAAAAAAAAAAAAACAACUUGGAAUAUAAGUUUGGUUUUUGCACCUUUAAUAAGAUUGUGAAAAAAUUUAACAAAACCCCCAAACCUUGAAUCAGUUAGCAUCGCGAGGUGAGCGUACUGUUAUAUUUUCAGAGUAGUAUUUUCAAGUGUCAGUCUCUCAUAAAGCUAUUUGAUCAUUUGUUUUUUUUUUUUUAACCCUAGAUAAUCAGUAUUAAGUUCUUUGCCUCUUUUUUGGCAUCUCAUAAUUCAUCUAAAAUCUUGGACAGUGAUAUUGAACUUUUCUGCAGUUCAAGUUUCUUGUUGCUUAAAUGGUUUUGGAUGGCCCAUUAAAUAUGUUUUAAAAUUCUGUUGUAGCUUGAAGGCUCGUCCAUUUGCAGUUUUUAAGCAACAAUGGACCAUUUUAAAGACUUUUUCUGACUCUAAUCCACAACUGAACAAAAGCCAAGAGUUUCCUUCUUAGUGGGAAUGUCUCAGUUCGAACUCCAGGCACCAAAGCGAUAAAGCUUUUCACUUUUAGAAGGACAAAAUAAAGAAACUCUCAAAUGGAGUGUGUUGGUAAGCCUGAGGUUUACCAUGGACGCCUUUAAAGACAUUAAUUGUGCAUACAAAGUGUUUUAUUUCAUCAUUAAAAAUUGAGAGAAAAUUCAAGUUAUUCAUCUUUUAGGACUUUUUCUGGACCCAGCUUUGCUUUCCUUACAUCCUAGUCCACACAUAAAACAGCUAUUAACUGUUUUUGUCUCCCUUUCUUUUGUCUCACUCAGCUGUUUCUGACCCACAAGUGUGUAUUUGUGUUCAGUGACCGGUGGCUUUUACAUGAGGCGGCAUGUAUUGUAAUGGUGUGCGGGUAUGUUUUCCCCCUCCUCUCUGUUGGUGCACCAAAGCUGAGGCAAAGAAUCGGAGAACAAUGAGUCUAUUGUCCGAGAUGGCACAGCCGUUUAAGAUAGGAUCUCACCACUUUCAUGCACUCGCUAUUAACAAUGACAGGCUGUCCAGAACGGUGGCUGUGAGGGGAUUUUUUCACUGCAGGACCUGUACUUGUCAGUGGAGCGAAAAGACACUGUCAGCUUUGCUGGAAUAGCAGCAAUUGAGACUUCCAGAAAAUGUGGAAAUGUGCGAAUGGGGUUUUGCCAGAUUUCACCAAGAGAACCAUUAGAUUCUUACAUGAUGUGGAUGAAAGUUGCAGUUUUCUCCACUUUUUUUUUUUCUUCCUCUUUUUGAUCGGCCAACUAAAAGCAGUAGCAAAUGGAGGAUUUUCAUGCGCCUAGUUCUGCCCAUGAUUUUAUUCCUGCCUCGUGGCUGCGUGUAGCCUACUUUCAGCUCUAUGUUGUGAUAGAUGUUUUUGGACCAUGUGCAUUAAUUCAAAGAUAUGCUGGGCUAUAUAUUGCGCGGCCAUUUCCUUUGGUUUUCAUCAGCUUCCUCCAUCAGACACAGACCUGAAGACAAAUUACCAGCUCUUAUUGGCCCUGAUGAAUUGCAUCUCAAGCUUUAUAUGGGAACAACAGCCCAACAGUCGUUCUUCAUGCUGAGAAAUGUGCCUCUAUUAUAUAGUCCCUUUCAUAAAUAAACCCCUGCCCGGACCCCACUUGAACAUUUCACAUCAUUGAUUCCUGUUACUCCUAAUUACCAAAAAAGCUUUCUGUUUUGAACAGGGACAAAUGUUGUUAUGAGUUCGUAAUGUCUCAAAUUCAUCUGAUGAAGUCAUACACCAUAAAAAUACAUACAGCUAAUAACACUCCGUUGCAUUAACACUCUACUUCUGCUCUUACUCAGUGUCAUAAUGUCAAAAAACUCAGACAGUAAUCCACUUUGACUUCUUUUUUUUUUAUCUGUCAAGUUGCUCCGUGUGAAUCCGCAAACACAUGUUCCACCAAGCCGACACAGUCCAUGACAGCUCUGUGUUCCCACUGUUUUCUGAUGAGCUGCUUUGUAAAGUGCAAAGUUCCCUAAUCCCUUGGGGGCCGGAGUCACAGCUCAGUAAAAAAGAGGACUCACAUCAUGGCUGUUUAAUCUUUCCAAUCCUCUCCAGACCCUGAACCCUCGAAACAGACUGGACGCUUGAGUUGAUUUACGGAAAAGUCAAGAAAUCACCAUUUUAUUCUAUUACUUUUUAACUCGGCUCCAUUUGCUGUCAGGGUUGGAGGACAUAACAGGAAAUAUCACCUGCAGUAGCAACAUCAAUAUAUUUAAAGCAAUAAAGGAUUGAAUAAACUUACAGGUUGUAUUUACAAGAGGUGACAGGAAUAAAACAAGUUUCCUGACUGUCAUUUCUCUCUCUUUACCGAGCGGCUGUGAUAAAUCUCUCAGCCUGGUGUUUUGCACCAAGUCAGGGUCUUUUCUGCCACCAAUUCAGAGCAAAAGCUGUGUUUUACCUGCUUUAGAAAGAGAAAACAGAGUGCAACAUUAACAGCGAAGGAGCCAGGAAUUGUUUUUGGAGUUUAGUUUGGACUAAACUUGAGCAAAAAGGAUUUAAAUCAUCGUAUACAGGACUGUAGUGGAGGAUUAAUGCACCUUAACUUGCAUAUCCGCUUACUUUUUGUCACUUGUUUAUGAUGCGGUUUAUUACUUUUUACUGUGCAGACUUAAGGAUUGGGCUAAAUUUUAUAAUACUGAGAAGCAACAGCUCAUCGGCAAACACCUUGUGUAGUUCAAUGAAUAAAAAGUCUAAAACUGCCCAGUAAUCGCUGGUUUAUCAGAAAGUAAAAGUAGCACAUGCACAUGCUCAGCACCUGUUAUUUUUAGAGUAGCAGCAAAUGAAAAGCAGAUAUAAUCCUGUAAUCAUGCAGCAGCACAUCCAGAAAUGACACAGGUAGCAUUCUGGGAAAUAUUUCUCCAGAUUAAUAGGGUUAGUGCUGAGCUCGGCUGAUGGUUUAUUUUGGUCUACCUCCUUCUCCUGUUUUUCUUUUUUUUUUUUGUGGACAAAGAAAUAAAACAAAAUUGAAUAUUGAUUGGUGAUUCCUAAGCAGUAAUUUGGACUAAAUAAACCAAAGAAAUUACCCUUUUUAUGAUCAUUUCAUUCAUGUUGUGGUAUGACUGAUUUUAGUUCUUUAGGUUUAUCCAGCUUCCUCUAACUUUUAUAGUUUACCCAUCUUUUUUUAAAUCACAACAGUCUGGAUCGGGUGUCGAGGAACACAGCUCUAAAUAGAUCUUACUAGCGCUCUGUAUCUGCUGCAAGGGGGAACAGACAAUGCUGAGCUAUCAUGUCCCCAGUUCAACUUGAAGCUCUUUAGUGUGUCAGUGUUGUCUACACAUUUUGUUUCUGCUCACUUCUCAUGGACCAAAUGUUACUGAAACAGCCACUUUCACCCAAACGCCCCUCAUCACAGAGGAAACUGGAGAAAGGAGAAAUCAAAGGGACCUGUUUGCUGAUAGAUGUGCACAAAUAGCGGUACAACACCUCUCUGUUUAUCUUAAAAAGAUGAGAAAGAACACUGAACAAAAACGUCUGAACAAGGACAGUAAAGAAGUGACUCCACUCUGGCAAAAUAAAGAGGAUUAACAAUCAACCCUUGUGUGAUAUGCACAAGUGAAUCACAGCGUGUGGCAGUGAGCUGUCAUAAACUGAUCAGGAUGAAGUUGUUAGAAAUGUGCACAACAUUGAUUCAUAGGAAGGUUCUGCUCUGCUUGUUAUAGAUCGAAAAGUUGAUUAAACAGCAGCAUUGAAAAAAGAACACCAAUAAAUAGGUAAACAAGAGAAUAGUGAUCACUGUAGAUAGUGUUUGGAAACACUGAUUAAUUAUUGCAUUUCGCUCUUCCUCCCGUUUUUGUUAGUUCUGCAGGUUGGCAAUGAAGCGUGUCGUUCAUAAUAGAGAGAUAAAUAAAGUCAAGUUAAAUUGGUUUGAAUAUUAAAGAGUUUUUUUUUCUUUAGAGGGAGUAUUUAAAAGUCAUUUUUGGCCAAAUUUAACAGCCCUGGCUAAGUUUGAAGGGCAAGUGGGUAGAAGAAGGUUCAAACAUAAAAAAGAUAAAAUCUCAUGCUAGGGAUGUGACGAUUACCAGUAAAAUGAUAAACAGCGGUAAAAUGUCUGAUGGUUAGUACUACCAUUUCAAAUUUUAAUUACCGUUAAAACUGUGGAAAAAGCUCACAGACUGCUCAGUGCUGAGAAGAGCAGCCGCACGCAGCAGUCCUUCGGACUUCACACAUGCGCAUUGUGCAGUAUACAACUUUUAAACAUGGUGGAGGGCAGUUCUGCGGGCAGUUUCCCCUCGCAGAUCACUACUCUCAAACCAGGAAAGUAGUAGUGUUGCUUGGUUUUAUGUUUGUAAGAGUAGAUCUUUUUGAGCACUGAAGAUUUUUACAAUUUGCACAAUAAGGAAUGCCAUUUUAUUUAAAUUUAAUUUAUUUGUUAUUAUGUUAAUGUUUAUGCCACUGGCACAUUACUUUGUACUUUGUUAUUACUAGUACUAGUGUUGAUUACCCCUGGCUCUUUUAAGGCCCCAUCUUUCAUUUUUUAGGCUUUAAGUCCCUCUGUUAUUUAAAGUUAAGGAAAAGUUUAUCCUGCAUGUUAUUUUGAUUGUUUUUUCAAAAUGAAACUUUGUUAAAUGAUUUCAGGGCACGUCUAAGUACUUUUUCAACAUUUUGAACGUAUUUCAACAAUACCGUGAUAAUAUUGAUAACCGUGAUAAUUUUGAUCACAAUAAUUGUGAUGUUAAAUUUUCAUAUUGUUACAUCCCUAUUGCAUGCACAGAAAUGCUUCGAUUUGCAGAACAAAAACCCCAAAACACUUAAAAGUUGUGUUUAGUCUGUGAUUAUUGUGUCAUGAGAAUAGCAGUUUUAAUUGGAACUCAUGGAUUUCUAUUUUUUUAUCAUUAUACACAUCUUUACUUGUUAAAUCUCAGCCUCUUCAGUCUUUUAGGUGUGCAGAAACUACACAUAGAAAUUAUUUGUAUUUUUAAUUUUAUUUAACAGACUUGUUAAAAACUGUACAGCUAAUAUUACAGAUGUCAAUGAUCAGGAACAGGUCAUCAAUAGCCAAAAUAUUUUCCAUAUAUGGAUGGACAUAUGGGAUUUUGCUCUGUAUCAGUUUAACCAAAGCUCCAGUUUUCCAGUGGUAUUUUCUGAAACCUGCAUGAAUUCUCCUCAUAAGAUUAACAUGAGGAUUCUCAAAGGUGAAUGCAUUUUCCUCCAUAUUCUGCUCCAUCUGAUCCACAUAUUUCACCUCCCACGCAGGGGCCUGAUCUUUGCAGUCCUCUGAGGUAGUGUAGCACUACAAUGUGCAGAAACACAGGAGACUCACCUAUAAAACACCGGGCCUGGAGGAAUCUAUCAUAGCUCCAUUAACACUUCUGCUUCAUCCUCCUCUCCUCGCCUUCCUCCCCUCAUUAAUCAACACGACCGGCCCUCGGGGCUCUACUCUGCAGCGAAGCUCAACCUCACUUUGUGUGUCCCUCUGUGUGUGUGAACUACAUGCCGGCUGUUUUGUUUAAGCGUAUUUGCAUGGAUGUAGAUGCAUCGGUGUUGAAACGUUUAUAGUCUAGCAUGGGGAGUCUGACAAAAAAAAGUCCCAAACUGUUUCAAAAUUCAAGAGUCAUGAUGUGAAAGGAUCAAAUCGGGUCUUCUGAGACGCUUUGUCAUACCUGAUAAUCAGAUUUGUUAGCGCUGAUUCAAAAAAGGGGGACGGGAUGAAGUUAUUCUUGGCAAAAUAAAAGCCCCACCUCCCUUUUAUAUUUGAAUCACGAUCUAUAAUGAGUUCUUCCCCUGCUGUUACCUUUCAUCAGCCUGCUUGCCAAGCACAUUCAGUACAGUGUGCAGCCAAAGAUAGCCUCAGCUGUGUGUCUGUGCUUGCUAAGGGGCUUGUCUUUGUGUCUGUGUUCUUAAUUUACUCAUUGGGCUGCAUAGGUAAACAUCAUUAUAGUCUUGUGUUCAAAAAAACUAUUAAAUAACACACCUUAUCUGCUUUAAAUGCAAGCAAAUAGCCUUGUUGAAUAAUGUAAAUGAGCCCGAGCUGUCAGCUUAACAAGGCUGUUUCAUGUGGCACUAAUUGUGAGGUUCUGGAUUAUUAAUGUGCUGUAAAAAAAACACCUUGACCUUGCUGGGAAAAAAGCAGCCAGGUCUUGUAAGGUCUGCUCUGUUUGUUUCUGUUUGUUUGGAGAUGCUCGAACACUCCUCCCCUCUCUCCUCCCUUCCUCUUGCCUUUUCUCGGGGGAGCUCUUUUAAUAGUAAGGAGGUGACAGGUUACCUCUCACUGAGUAUCGAGAUGACAGUUUUGGUAUCCGCCCGGCCCCACAUGAAACACCCCAGCUCACUCGCUCACGUUGCAAAGUCAAGCAAAGCUGCCUACUUUCUAAAUUCGCACUCAGUUUUUAAUGAGCCGAAACGACCUCAAGUGUAGGCCGAGACGAUCUGAUCCCCCCCCUCCCCUUUCUUUUAAACAGCUUUUAAUUUUUCCCCAAGAAUUAUUGUGCGGCGAAUGAAUUUUGGAUAAGGUCUGCCAGGGGAAAUGGAGCACACAAUAGUAGCCCUGGCAGUGCCACUUUGAGCGGAUCAUUUAAAGGUCAUAAUGGGGAAAAUAAUGGCGCCUAAGAGUCAUAAAACAAUGGCAAAACAUGUGGUUAUUGGACAAAGUUUGAGUGAGACAUCUAAAAGGAGAAAGAAGAGUUAAUAUGGCAAACUUUUGACCGGCCAUAAAUCUUUAUAAACACGCCGGCAGAUGAGGAGUUUUCUAAUUUAACAAAAGGAAGUUUGUCGCCGCGCGCACAUUGGGGUCAACGAUAAAUGGUGUUACCCUUCUCCCUCCCUCUCACGGCCCUCUUAUUCUUUCAGUCGCUCGCUCGCAUUGCAGAGAAAUGUCCGUUUGGGGAUGUGAUAAUUGCAUUCCUCAAUGAUUUCAUGCUGAGACACACUGCGACACCAAAUCACAGCCUACUUAUCCCAAGCGAGUGUGUUCUUUGGGAGGAAAUGAGACAAAAACAAUAUGACCAACUCCAUCACACACCCCUCUUUUGACACAGAAGUGCACUUCCACAUUUCUCACAUGUUUAUCCCCCCCUUGUGCUCCUCUUUGAUCCACAAACCAAAUGUGGCUGAGUCGAGUUAGUUCCAGCGCGCACAAAUCUCUUGCUUUUUCUGGUUGUAAGGGAAUAGUUGUUGCAGACAUUGAGCCUGCCGCUUUCCCAGCUAACCGUAUCAGAGAAGCAGGCCCGAACAUCAGUGAGCAAGUACCUCUUUUAGCAUUAAUCCGCGGGAGGGUAGGGAGGGGGGAAUGACUGCACCAAUGCAUGAGGAUUACUGCUUUUAGGGCUUCUGAUGAAAUUCAAAUAACAAAAAACGCUUGCACAAAGUGUCCUGGAUAACACUCUUUGGUUUCGUAAUAUCCUACCGAACAUGCGGGUUUUCUGCCGGAGCAGCGCACAGUAAGGCCUGUGCCUCAUUGGAUUUCACAGUCUUUAUUGAAAUGAUAAUCAAGCGGUCAGCUAAUGGUAAUUAAGCCCGUCAAUUGGUGGAGUUGCAUCAUGGGUGUGUGGGCCACAGCUCCUUUCAUCCUCUUUACUUUAUAUUCUUUUCCCACAGAGGCGAGUCGGCGGCUUCUGAAGGGGCUGUUUUCAGUUUCUCUGUAAGUGCCCCCUCACCUGUUGGCCUAUAUGCUAAUUCAGCCAGAAGCUGUUAGUGCUAGCACAAACAUGCUAAGUGAGAAAUACAGAUUUACAGCCAAGCCCUAAAGGGGUUUGCCCUUAUAUGCCUCCUUAUUUAUGCGUUUAGUUCAGUUUACUAUUGCGGACGGAUACACACAAUAGUGGCCCAAAUUAUUCUGGCGUUAAAAAGGAUAUUACACAUGCUUGGUAUUCUUGCUUUCUGUCUGUGGUGGUCUCAAUAUGCCUGUCUGUGGGGGUAUUCUGCCUCAGUUAAAUCCGUCUUUGUCUGCACGUUAUUGUCUGUGAAUGCAUCAGCCUCGUACGUGGAUUAAAUGGAAAUUGCUCUAUGCUUUAGUGUGUGUUUGUGAGUGUGAGUGUGUGUGUGUGUGUGUAAAGGAUUGCUGACUAAAGCUGUAGCACAUAAAGAGGUUUGGAUGAGGGAUGGUUUAAAGAGCAGGCAAUUGUCAUAAUGAUGACUUAAAGCAGAAUAGCCACACAGUAAAAAUGUUUUACACAUGCAAAAGAGUCCACAUUGUAUUGUUGCCAGCAGUGCCUGCCAACCUCAAUGUCACUGGAAUCAAUAGUGGCUAAAAUAUACGACAGAAUAACUUUGCAACAGAGCAGUAAGCAACAUUAUAAAAUGGUAUUGUUGGAUUAUUGGAUUAUGAACACGGUGUAAUCCUCCGUCUUGGUCUCUCCGGUAAAAACACAAUGUUUUCUCACAGUUUGACUCCACGCGACGACUCCCUCACAUACCCCCAGGAUGGGAGUAGCACGUCUAGUUAGACAUCUCUCCUGAUAUACCCCCUUAUUUCUCUCUCCUCCCUCACACCUGAGAGAGAAACUUCAAUAUUGACCUACAUCUUCUUCAGAAUAAUUUCGCUGCUAUUUUGGUGCUUUGCAUGAAAAAAGACUGCGCUCCAGAAGUGGUAGCCUUGACGGCUGGAUCCACACAGUGUGUGACAUUUUACUGAUGUUUUGCUGCUUACAGCUGUGCCACUCAGCAUGGGUCAAACAUUUCCUUUAGGCCCCCCUAGUAGCAGGAAACAAACAGUAGAAAUACUCUCACUGCAGUCACAAUGUCGUUAACUUGAGGAUUAAAGAUGCUGAUAAUAAUACACUGUACUAAAAACAAAUGUGGUGUUGAAGCACACACCCCGUAUCCAGAAACUAUACUUGUCCUUGUUGCAGUGAUUGUUGUUUCUUUCUAGCCACGGCAUGUCAUUACACAUUUCCUGUCUCUGGAGCUGUCCUGUCCAUUAAAGGUAACAUAAUACCCCCCCCCAAAGUAGUGAUAAUAAUAGCAUGGGCAUAACCUCAAGGGUGUCACUCAUUCAAGGUUAAUUUCCUUAAUGAAAGCUAAGACGAUAAAUGUUUGUUGAUGACUUUUUUUUCCAUGACGAAGGCAGGACAUCUACGUGCUAUUGUAGUUUUCUAUCUCUCUCUUUCUGCAUCCCCCUCUAAACCCAGUCUCAGCAGAUGACUGUCUUACUUGGGUCUGGUACUGCUCAAGGUUUCUGCCUGGUAAAAUGAAGCUUUCCCUCUCUACUUUAACUAUGAAUUGUUACACGCUAGGGCCCGACCGAUUUAUCUGUGAGCUGAUUAAAUUGGCCAAUUUUACCCCAUUUGAGACUAAAUGUUAAGAAAAACUCAGCAAUUUUCGACGAUAUUUUCAGAAAUAAAAUGCGGGAAUAAGAUUCGGUUUCACUUCGAAAAUGUUCCGCCAUUUGAAAAGUUCCCGGACUUAUCCUGUAGAUGGUGCAGUGACCUCAUUACAAUCUUUAUCGACUAACUACCUCACAGCACAGCGGAGUGACGGAUCUGAAGCAGGCAGCUCAGGGACGCAUGGAGGAGAGUGGUCCGCCUUAACGGUAAAUAAACCAGUUUGUGAAAUACACAAUAAGUCAACAAGUUUCAGUUCAACCCACUUUACGAUGUUCCCCGAUGAGCUGGUCUCAGUCACGCUGAGUUAACGGUGAACGGUUCCAUAUAAUAUGCAAACCAAAGUGCGAGUUAGCCAUCUGCUAUUAGCCUUGCUACACUGUUAGCCGUGCCAGUAACAGUAGAAUAAACAACAGUACACAUUACGUGAUCAAGCUACUUUUCUUACUGAGGCAGCUGCAUGUCUCCAGAAAUGAGUAACAUGAGUUAAGACGCGAAGGCACCGAUUGGCAAGUGGGGGGGGGGGGGGGGGGGGGUGUUGAAAACGCUUUUCUGGUCCAAGUCUGAUCAGUCGGUCUUCCUGUCGGCGUGAAGAGCAGUAGCCUACAGUAUAUCAACAAAAUAUAGUAUACUGUAGAUAUAGUAUAAAUAUUUUUUAUAACUUCAUAAAAAGUUUUUAAAAAUUGGCCGAUUAAUUGGUAAUCAUAUUUUUCCCCCCCUAAUAAUUGGUAUUGGCAUUGGCCCCCCAAAAACCCAUAUCUAUUACAUGCAUGUAGAUGAAGAUGGGACGGGAGUGGGUCUGAUCUUUAAAGAGGAGACUCAGUCUUAUCCAAUCUUUAUGUUUGGUCUUUUCAAAUAUCAUGAAGAGUUUGGUCUAGAUCAGCUUUUUUGUUUGGAGAUAAAGUUAGUUGUCAAUUGGGGCCAUAUAAAUCAAGAUUGAUUGAUUGAUUGAUUGAUUGAUUGAUUGAUUGAUGAAGCUAUGGGGUCAUUUUGUUUAACAGCGUAUUUAGUAAGUCCUUUUGUACAUGAUUGUGUCUCCAAGCAUUUUUUAAGGUUAUAUAAAAAGGAAUAUAAUAUAGCUAUAGCAGCCACCGAAGACAGCUCUAAGUAAGGAAUUUGGAAAUUGCAUAAGUAAAAGUGUUCAGAGAGUAAAGUUUAGUAGAUUUUAACACUUUGAUACCAAUUUCAUAUCAGAAAAAAUGCUGUUAAAUUAUUUUCAAGAAGGGAAGUGUUUUGACUUUAAUGUUCUAAAUGAAAUAGCUUUUUAUUGACCAAAAGUUGGGUAAAUGGUUAGUGUUGAACGUGGCGAGAAUCUAAGGCUCAAUUUAAAAUAGCUGCCAAAAUGAACACUGCACCCAUUGGUCUCUAACGAAGCAUCAUUAAGGUCAAGGAUGGUGGUUAGCAUAAUGGAAAGACCGAGUCCAACAAACUUUCAGCUGAACUGUAAACCUGCGAAGAGUUGAAGUUGAGGCAGAAGUGCAGUCCUUCAGCUCACUUAACCGGUCAGUCAAAUCGACUUUACCCCAAUUAUGAAUAAAUCUGAUUAACUCUUAGCCUUAUUAUAAUCAAAACAGAUGAGUUUUUAUCUUUGUACCAGGCAGUAAAUAUAGUUAACUCUGCUGUAAGAACGGCAUUUUGAUUUAGGCUCUAAUGGGGUCUCCUUGGCUUCUGGAGGAAGCCUCUGGGGAAAACUCGGGAAACUGCAAUUUGUUGUGCUUACGCAUUGGCUUCCAUUUCCCAACACCUGAGGUUGCUGCUUGGUUCCAUUAGCACUUUUUCUGCUCCUGAGUCUGUUACCCGAGAGCUGUGUGGAAAAUGAAUCGAUAACAAAUAUUGAUAGGAAAACGGUAAUUGCUGCAAUUUGAUCAACUUUGACUAACUUUUCAGUCUUAACUUGCAGAUUCUUAAUACGUCACUCCAGACAGUUCUCAUACUGCAUUUGAUCCUGGUACCAGUAUCUGCUGAGACUGGUUCCGUUAUCAGCAAUGAGAAUUGGAGGCAGAGGUGGCUGAAAUAAUUUGGCUGUAGCUCUCCAAGGUUUGCACAACUUCUGCGGGCAUGUCCUUAUUCUUGAUAUUUGGAUUAAUUCCUCUGAAUGGUCCACCCAAAAGUAGUCAUUAUGAUCUAUCCUCACUUCUAUGACCACAAGUCCUAUUUAAAAGCCUAAUUUAUCAUGACUCCUAAUGGAAGCCUGCAGCCAGUUGCCUCUGUGGCUCUGGCUUAGUCAGACACUCCACUUUUUUCAACAGCUGCUCUCACCACCUCAUAAUUAGUUUCACUUCUCCAACCAGUCCCUUAAGCAAACUUUCCUUCUUUGGCCUUUUCUCUCAUGCUCUCUUUUAUUUUUAUUCAUCCUGGCUUUCCUCCCCGUAGCCCUGUUUCAUUUCAGACCUUUACAUGGCCAUUUCAAUACCACCUGCCCAAGCAGUCUUUGUCACAUCGGGCAGACGAACCCUUUUGCUUUUUGGCAAGGAAUCAGCUGGAAUGUUGUCUUUCACAUUUCAUGCCAAAUUGUGACCAGGGGUCCAGUUUUCAGCUAUGGAUACUCCGUGUGUAAUGCCACCCAGGAGGAGCUGAAGACCCUUAACAAGUGAGAAUAAGGGUUUCUAAUGCUAUGAUAUUACAUUCAGGACCAGUUUGGCUCAUGAAUUUUUGAUGAGAAUGUCCAAUCAUGCAUAGACACUGGGACGAGAUGAGCAAUGGGAGAGGAGAAAUGUAGAAGAGGGCAUGAGGAGAGAGAGGCUCGGGGAGAAAGUGAGGAAGGGGCAUGUGUGUUUGUGUGUCUGGUAAGGGGAAGGGGGUUGUGAUUACUUGCUGUGUAGGUAGCACUGCAUUACGCAUGAGGAUUUGGAAUGGCCCAGAUAAAGUAAUCUAUGAUUAACUGGGGCGCGGCUGUCCCGCCACCCUGCCAACAGCUGUAGUCAGGGGCGAAUUAUAAAAUUAUGGGAUGUCCAAACAUUUUAAAAUGCAGCAGGAAAUGUAUUUUGAUACAAGAGGGGAGAAAGUUGGUCGGGAUUUGAGUUAUGGAUUGAGUCAAAGGUGACAGCCGGCGGCGAGGGAAGAGAGUGACAGAGGGAGCAGGGGUGCAAUUAAAAGGAACUUUUUUUUGGUAGGAUAAUUGUAAAACUGUUUGAGUCGUCUUGGAGGAUUUGGGGGAGGGGGGAAAGGGUGGGGGUCGCAGCAGGCAGAGUGAUCGCAGCAAUGAUUGCUGUAACAACUGUCUGACCUGAUAACAAAUCAAAUUAGAAAGAUGGACACCGUGGCACAGACCGCGCCGUCGUCUGAAAUUGAUUGCAAGCACCGCAAGCUGAUAUUGCCGGAGCCCGGUCUGUCAUAGUCCAUCAGGCGUCAUUAUCACCAGGGGAACACUAAAGCAUAUGCAGAGCUGAAUUAGAGGGAAGACUUCAUCCGCAGUAAUGUGAGGAGUCUGACAGAUAAAAACAAACAAACAGAUAGAACCAUGCUGUAUGAGAUGGUUGGUUUCCUCUGAGAUUACGAGAGCUGCAGAAAGUUAUCAACCCAAAGAAAGUAUUUGCCAAACACUUUGGUGAUGGAUCAAUAGAUUCUGUGUUUUUUUUUUUUUUUUUAAGAAAAAUUUUAAAAGUUGCCAGUUCCAGUAAUGAACUCUUUGAGACUUUGCAGCUUGCAGUCAUUGUGUAAAUGAAAAGUCUGUUUCAAACUUUUGGCCUGACAAAGAAGCAAUUUCAAGACAUCACUUUGGGCUAUUAGUCCCAAACUACAGAAUUUUUUAUUAAAACUUUCUCUUUUGAUAGAGUGAAUGAUUAAUAGAUAGUUAGGAAGAUGGAUGUUCAACCACAGUUGCAUAAAAGAUACUUAGCAGGAUUAAAUUUGACAGCAAUACACCCCAGAGCUGCAUAAUAUUAGUGUGCAGCACCCGUACACCUAUCUGUUGUUACAGUAGGACCACCAACAGGUGAAGUUGAUAUGCUAUAGUGUAAUAUAAAUGUUUUAUGAUAAUGGUGUCUUCAAUUUGUUAGGAUGCCUGACAGCAAGUGAACAUUGUUCAUGCAGUUCAAGGCAGGAAAAAUGGACGAGCAAAAGUAUGAUGGCCAAAUAGUGAUGGCUACAUAUGUAUGUUCUGGUGUCUCCAAGACUGAAACUCUUGUAGGAUGACUAGCCUAUGUGAUCCAAUCCAAAAAAGGGGCUGUUUCAGCUAAUUUCUAAAAUAUUCAAUGCUGGUUCUAACAGAAAGGUCUUAAAUGCUCGUCUUUAUUACAGUUAAAAGAAAUAGCCAGGGGCUUUUUUUAUCAAUAAAAAGGAUUUGAGAUGAGUUUGAAAGGCUCAAAAGUAGCCAUUUGUUAAAUAAAAUAAGUAAAUAUGUAGAUAUAUUACUUAAAUUAAAAGAAUUUAAAAACUUCAUAAAAAAUCUAAAAAAUCGUCCGAUUAAUCGGUAAUCAGAUUUCUUUCCCCCCUAAUACUCGGUAUCGGCAUUGGCCCCAAAAAAUCCAUAUCAGUUGGGCCCUACUAUAGUGUCUAUAAUAUUCCAAGUUUUAGCUAAUCCAAGCCAAAUCACAGCCAGUCCCAACUGAAACUCACCCAUAAAACUAAUUAUAAUGAAAAUGUGCUUUUGUGAAUUUCAAAAAGAUUCAUGAUGUUCUCUCAUAGUCAGGUUUUUUUUUUUUGGAGAAUCUUGUUAAAGAUAGCUCAGUAUUUUACAUGCCAAGUACCCACCAAGCCCGUCCUAUUAUCAUAAUGUCUGAGUGUUGCGUUGCUACCUUGAUUGAAGAGCUCUCAUGUCUAGUAUUGCCUGUUAAGGCGGCUUCAAUCAUCUUUAAAUCACCGUUUGUAGGACACAUGACUCAUCAAGGGGGUACAAACUCAUCCCACUUCUGUCCCCCUUGUUCUAUCAAAUGUGCAGGGAUUAAUAAAUGCAUUAUCACCCCUGAGGUAUUAAAAUUAUGUUUCAAUUUUCACCAGUGCUCCUGAGAAUUUCACAAGCGGCUAUUUUUAUUCUACAGUGUGAUUAGUCAUUUACCUGAGGCGAGCUGUCAUUGGAAAUCAUUUUCCGUGUCUUUGGACACUUUCUCAGUUCAUCCAAAUGACAAGUGAUUUUGCCUUUAGGGGAAAAAGAGCCCAUAUUUUAUUGAGAGGCGAGACAGUUUUUAAAUAUGCCGGCCGUUUGAUAAUGCUCGGUGAAGUGAAAGGACUUAAGUACAUCCAGGCCACUUAUAGAAAAUGGCCCCGGCUUCAGAAAUGGCCCAUUACUGAGGACCAUGAGGUGUCUGAUUUCCUAAAUGUUCAGCCAAGCCUCUCAGUCAUGGUUUUAUAUACUAUUUCAUCUGACAAUAACACCUGUUAGGAAGCGGAGUUAAAUUUCAAAGCAUUUAUUGUACCAUAAAGCAGAGUUAUUUUAUAUGUAGACAGAUGUGUUUUCAGCUUCUGUUCGAGUCUUUUAUUGGAGCCCAUCAAACAGUCUGCUUCCAUCUGUCUGUCUGGGAUCAUACUUUGGCUCCAGUCCUUCUUCCGGCUCCCUCCAACAACAGUCACAGUGAGGUUGUCGUAGUGGAGCUGGUGUUGAUGAACUCGCUGUACCUUGCCAAGUGCCUCCUGAAGUGUUUUCCCUGCCACAGACACUCCCUAAAAGUGAAUGAAUUGCCCUUGAAAUUUUCUCUGCUCUUGCCGCUUCCUAUUUUCCACUCUCCUUUGCUAUGUUUGGCAAUACACACAUUGAUUUUGGUAGUGCGCCGUUGAAGAGGCACAUUUCACAGCCGAAGACAGGUUGUCUAAAUCUAAUCAGGGAUUUUUUAGGGUUAAACUUCAGGUUCAAAAUGGAUAUCAUAUUUUCAGGAGGAGAUUUCACAAGACACAACAUGUUGACAAAAUUUUGAACUCUCUCGGAAGUUUUCUCCACUCCGGAUAACACAUUUGCUCAAGGUCAGUCAUAUUGCUUGUGUGGCACUUUGAAAACCAAUUUUCAAGCAAGUGGAAUUCAAAUUUGGCCCCAGCCACUCUGCACCCUUUUCAGUGUUGAUUUCUCUCGCUGCUGAAAGUCAUUGCAAUCAAAGAUUUUGAGCACUUUCAAGCAGGUUUUCAUCAACAUUUUUUCCUUUUUCAUGUAUCUUUUCAAGUCCUUUAUUUUCCUACGACUGAUGUCACAACCACUGUUCUUCAUGGAAGAAAGCUUACAUGGAUUAUGAGCUUAGCCUUGCUUUUGUAGAUAGAGAGUUUUGCAUGAGAACUGAAGACUUUGGCCUUUGUUUUAUCGCCCCUCAGGAUAUUUGUCUUCAUAGUCCGUUUCACAAAUUCUCUGUACAUCAUCAUGCCUCUUUCACAGAAGUGAUUUUUCUUCCGGCUACUCAUAAAUACCACCUCAAUUUUGCUGCUGUGCUUUACUGAUUGUCGUCUAAUGACCGACUCCAUCCACCGCUGCAAAAUGGAUUACAAAAACAGAGAAAUACAAAUGGAAAAAGGUUGGGGUCAUCAAUGAAUGCUUGCUCAGUUUGUGCUGAUUGUAUUAGGAUGAUCAAUAAUGUGGAGCAUUUUUUCUUAUUAAGGCAACAGGACAGUGCGCAUUACGUCCCGGCUUUAAAUCGUUAGGACUUUGUGGUUACAUUUGCAGCAUCAUUUCCACUAGACUACCUAGAUGCUUUGGCAGUUUCAUAAAGCAUUGUGUGAUUUAUAUUAUAAACAAAACUCUCUGUUGACAUUUGAAACUGAAAGAUUCCUAUUCUGACACUAAUGUAAACUGGCAUCUUUCAAGUCUUGAAACGAAUUUUAAGGUUUGGGAAUCUUUCAUUUCACCGCCAAAGUAGGUCACCACUCAGUGUUUGAAUCUAUCUCGGUUAAAUUACAGGUUUGAAUAUGUGUUUAACGCUUAGACGGUUGCUUGUGUCUGUCACCAAACUUCACUGCAAUGCUGCAAGAAUCCACAUUAAAAUGUUCACACACACACAGUUGCACACAAACAGAGAUAUUUGCAAAUUUAAAACCACAACCAUGAAGGGAAAGCGAAAGACUUUUAUGUUUUUGCUUUUCCUUCAUUUACUUUCUGUCUCGAUGGUUUGUUUACUUGAUAAUGUAGAGGACAGAGACACGUGUACACGCACACACACACACAUACGCAGAUAAACUUGCACACUUCGCAGUCAUGGGCUGGAAAAAUAAUUUUCUUUAAUAAAUCAUUCUAAGAUUGUGUUAAUGAAGUGUUAAAUUUUAAUGAACUAAUCUUGAAUUCCAGUGGCCCCGUGGGUUCAUCCCACCUCCCAGAAUUUAAAUUAAUACACAAUAAAAGUACUUCUUUUAAUCUUGAUGAUAGGCUUCUCAUUUUUUGUGAUCCUCUUGACCUGCUGGUACUUUCCUGCUCUCUAAAAGAAAGACUUUAACCCUUGGAUAUUAUUAAUAAUUUGGCGUGAAGAGACCUACAUACCAUGGCAAUAUCUGUCCUAUCAUCAUAUAGGAGUGGUGUAAUGACGGUAGUAAUGCGUAUGUUGAAAGGGGGAUGUGUACGCAUCCAAAUGAGACAGCGUUCCUUGAGUAACUUUUCAAGACAAGAUGUUUAACUCAUUAAUCAGACCAAGACUCAGGCCUGUGGAAAAACCACAUGCAAUUUCAUUAAGUCCAACACAAACUAAACCCCUGUCAGAAGCUGCGUAAUUGAAGUUCAAAUGAAGUGGUGAAUCAAUUUGAAGCUCAUUGUAAUCAGAAGAUUUUAAUUGAUUCAUCCAGAAUCAAUCAGGCUUAUUCUAUAAGCAGUCCAAUAUCAAUCAAGAAGACUGGAGAACAGUCGGUUUGAACACAAAGUCCGUUAAUGCCGCUAUGUCAGGUGUAAGAGCUUGUGAACAUUGUGAAGUCUGCCUUUUUAACUGUAAAAAACAAACUCUUUAUGAUUCAGUCCAUCUCAUAUGUGUUUGUCUGGCAUGUAAGUUUUUUUUUUUCCCACUUUUAUAUCAUAAGUGAUUUCUCAGGAGACUAUUUCACUUUUUCAACAAGAAGGAACCAUUCUAAUCUUCUGUGGACGGUGGAAGAAGAAUAUUUGGCAAUAACUAAACAAAUUUUAGACUUAAACACUCCCUUGCUCACCCCUCCCAAUGCUGAAGCCCCACAAUUGACCCUUGAGGACCAGAAACCACUAAAAUGCAUAGGUAUCACCCUCCGUUUGUCAAACUUUUACCAUCAGCUAUAUUGAUAUACAUUCUUUUCUGUGUGAAAACAUCAGAUUUUCUCCUCUUUCUCAUUAAUUUAGUGUCUCUUAAGCAUUUUGCAUAUGUAUAUUGCUCGUAGAACAAGGCCCAAAUGCAGAACAAAAAAUUAUUUAAUUAAAAAACUAAAUGAAAAAAAAGAAACAAAAGAUAAAAAUUCCCCAAAAAACACAGGGAGCAACAGAGGACACAAGGGUGGGCAUUGACAUACACAUAGUGGACCAACCAGGACAGAGGGGAAGACAGAUGCUGCGUCCGAACUGCCCGCUCGGAUACUACAUGCUACUGCUACGUGCUACUGCUAGAUCCUACUCCUACAUACUAAAAACGUUGGCCCAAUUCGGACACACUAGACGAGCGGUGGGGAAAGACGACCCCCGCAGGCAGAGAGUAGGUACUGCGCCCGUGCAGACAGUGGUAACUGAAGCCCCUCAUCUGCGGGCCUGGCUGUAGUACUGCAGCUGUGCAGUUUAAUGAUGGAAUAAGUGAGCUUUACCUCCAUGAUGUCGCCACUUGCUCAUAAAAUGAUUACUUGGGCAAAUAUGACACCAUGACAUGACAAAGAGAUACAACCGCACAUUUUUUAGGACAGUGUGUGAAGUUACAUGAAACUUACAUCUGUACUGCUGCGGUCCCGCCUGCUGCUGCUGCUGUGGCCAGCCGGCGUUCGCGACACUUUUAAAUAGGCAGAGCAGCUGGUGGCGCUAGCAUCACAUGCGCCUCUACAACUUUUAAGAGGACGAAGAAGAAGCCCGCGGUGCAUUUUGGGUCAGUAGCAUGCCCGUAGGAUGCACCGAGACCAACCUACAAUGUGGGCGUGUCUAGCAUCUGAAGUAGUAUCUGAAGUAGCAUGCUACUCGCUCCGGUGGCCAAUUCGGACAUGCUAGAUACUACUUCGACUACUACUUCGACUACUACUUGGCAAUUCGGACGCAGCUAUGGACUAUAUACACACUGGGAAACAAGCAACAGGUGAGGCAAAGAAGACACAGGUGAAACUGAUGAGUGAUUAACGAGGGAGGGAAAACUAGGGAAGUACAACUAGACUAGAAACACAAGGAAGUAACUACUACAAAAUAAAACAGGAAACACACAAAACUGAACUAAAGGAGAAAACACUGAGAACAGGAGGGAAACAGGGUGAAACACAAACUGAAAACUCACAAUACAGGAUCACAGGUACAAUAGGGAACAGAAACACUAGGAAAAAAACUCAAAGUAAAUACACUCAGAUAACCAAAACCAGGGGAAAUCUAAAUACCAGAACAUAUCAUGACAAGUUUGUCUUUUUUAGGCCAAAACAUGUCAGCCCAUGGGCCCAAAAUUGCUUUUAGAUUCAGGUGAUUAUACACACUGUACCUUUAAGCUUUAAUCUCAUGUUCUUUUUCUGGUAUUUUUUCAACAAAAACUUUUACAGCUCGAACUGAUUUAGAGAGUAAAACCAUAGUGUUGCACGAUACAAGACUGAGAGAGAAACUGGUCAUGAGAGUUAUCGUUUCACACCCGGCCCACAGAAUCCUGAAGAUGAGCCUGAUUUGAAUAUUUAUUCAACAAGUCACCUUUUUUAAUAUUUAAAUACUGGCAUUAAGAGAAAUCUCCUGACACCACAAAUAGGCAGUAAUUGGCAUUAUUAUGAAAUGGAUUUGACAAAUUUGGACUCAAAAGUUUUCUUUACUUAAACUUUAGGAACCUUCUUUUGUCAACACCUUAUAACUCACUAAUUUCAGUGACUGUCAUAUCCGAAAAACUUUCUGAAACAGUUUACCUGUUGUGUCUCUCUGUUGUUAUUCUGAUCUUGUGUUUUGUUGCUUUGCUGCUUCGUCCUUUUCUGCCCCAUAACUGCUGCUGUCAAUUCCCGGUCAACAGCUCCCCAAGGAGUGCUGUGAUUGGCUACUAUUUACAGGGUCUAUUACAGGGUCCUAAAAGUCAAUGAUGAAAUCUUUAUUUAUCUGCUUUCGUGGGUGCUUUAUUGGUGUCUUACGUGAUUAAAGUAACUGAUUUUAUUGAUUGAGUCAGACACAACUCAAGAAAGUAAGAAGUUUUGGUGGGUGUAAUCAAAGCCUCAGGUCAAGGCUUAAAGAACAGACUUGAAGAUCCCACCAAUCACUGGACAUUUUGGAUGAGUUUUGCAAGUGGAAGGCUGUGGAAACAAGGUUGACAGGCCAGCCUCUGCACAUAGCAACAAUCAAAGCCAAAGUCGGUGACAUUUUUGGUCGCAGGCCCACCAUUUUGCCAACGUAUACACUUCAAAUUUAUUCCAGCUUUUUUGCAUUAUGCAUGGGAUAAUUAACUCUGUAGAAACAGGCCUUGCUAGGCUUACCUUAUGUGACUGGCCAAAGGUAACCCACAGGAUGGUUGGAGGUGGAAUUGCUUCACAGGAUAUCAGAGGACAUCUGAAAACAAAAACAUUGCUUUGUUUCAGUCUGGAACCAGUGACUUGGUUUUCAGUGCCAAACAGUGUUUUCUACUCUGCUCUGGCAUUAAAUGAGUUGCACCAAACCAGCAGAGAGUCUCAUUCACGUCUGUGUAAUUACAAUCAGUGUAAGAGUUUCUCUGAAUAAGACCCACCAGCAGCUAGAGAAUAGGACUGCCUUGACAAAGCAUUGACAACCGUGGAACAGGCAAAAUUAAGCCCUCUCCAUUCAAACCCCCAAGUUCUUAUUAUGCACGAGCUAUCUCACUGAGCUUGCUUUUGUGCUGGUAUAAUUACUUAAUCUGAGCACUCCUAGGGUGGAUUACUUUGUGUGCGGCAAGCAGGCAGCAUUGCUUUGACUCUAGCUCCCAAAGUGGAACCGAGGCUAGCUUUAAUUUUGGGGUUUAAUAGUCGUAAAUGUGAUAAUGGCCGUUGUCAAAUGGGAUUCACAUGUGUGCUUGUUUCUGUCAAGGCUGCACUUUAGAUUUAUUUUAAAGUGUGUUAUUAUGACAAUAAAUUCAAUCCAGAGUGUUCAAUUUUGAGUAAGAUUUUAUCGCCUCCCUGUUUCUGUACUUCCUAAAAGCAUUCAUGAACGGUCUAGAGAAUGAUCCAUAGUGCAUUAAAGAGUGUGCAAAGCUUUAUUUUGUGUAGCUUGCUGUUUAUAAUGGGCCUAGGCAACACUUAACUAGAAUGGCGGCCCAUCAAUGUGGGCCGAUAAGGACCUAGGGAUCCACUUUAGUCAAUUACUGCAAAGUGCCAGGUUCAACUCGGUGGGCCCUUUAUGAAGUACACCAGAUGAGUAAACAAAUUAAUCGUACAUCCAUGGUUCCCCAACAUAACCGUGAGGCCCAGGGCAAUCAUACAUCAGGCAGAGUGAUAGCGCCUGUCUCAAGCAGGAAAUAGAAGGGUCUCACUAUUAGAGAUAGGCAGCCUCAUAGGACUCAUAAGCUACUGGCCAUCCCAUCACACUUCCUCUGCCUCUAAAGUGCACCACUCUGUCUGUAUUGGCUUUUUACACCUUCAUACUGCCUUCAAGAGGAGAAAGAAGAACAUGUUUAGAAAUUCUGGCUUUUCUAAAUGGUUUAUGAGAUAAGCUGUGGAGUUACACAAUAGAUUGGAUUGGAUGCUAUUAGAGGCUGUUUUUAUCGAUCCUGAGAGAUGUUGCUGUCCAAAGGAAGUCAUGCUUUUCUAAAUAUGGAGGGGCAAACGUUUGGAAAGAUCUCCUCUUUUUAUCCAGAUAAACUGCAGGAAUAAGUUCUGAAAUAGCUUAAAGAAGCCUUGUAUAAAAGCAUCAAAUGUGCUCAAUCUAACAUUGCCAAAGCAAGCGUUGACAUUGCGAAAGGUGUAUUUUUAGUGCAGUGGAUCCAUCAGGAAAAAAACUCUGUGUGGUAUUACAUUGUUGUCAUAUAAAGAGUAAGUUAUAUAUAUUAUUUCGAUAGUCUUUUCAUGUUAUGACCUUGAAAAAGUCCAAUAUACAACACAGUAUUUUGUCAUCUUAAGCUAGUGGUUCUGCCAAACUGUGGUCCAGUAAUCAAUACAAUGCACUGUAAUCUGCUGCACCACACACACACAUGCACGCACACACACACACACACACACACAGACGGAGCCUGUGUGAGCGUGUUCACAUUGUAAGGCAGGAUAAAGAAACAGACUGCAUGCUCUGCAGCCUUCAUAAAUGGAAGUACAUUACUCCAGGUUAGAGCUAAGUUAUUAAGGUGUUGGGCUCGCACAGCAGAGAACAGUUUGUUCAACUUAUUUGUCGUAUUAGAAAUGUUUCGGAAGAGCAGCGCUUUUUUUUUAAGCCUGGAAAAAUCUUGUUAAUGUUUGCACAUAUUCUGAAAUGCAUUUUAAUGAAGGAGCUAAAGCCAGUAUUUGCCCUGUCGCUUCCAAGGAAACUGGUGCAUUUGGUAGAAUAUGGGAAAGUGAAUGAAUGAGCCAAAUGAAAUCUACAGGAUUUAAAGGAGCUAAUUAAACCUGAAAAAUCUGUGAGAUGAGGAAAUACUUUUUGUCUACCUGCAUUGCUUCCUUGCAAAAUAAUAAGGCAUUUUCCUCUUAAAGCCUUAGAGAUGAAUUUAUAAGAUUGCUUUUAACGCAUAGAUAUGACAUAAACUUAUUAUUUGGAUCCUCUGGCUUUUACUGUGUCACAAACACAGCACAUAUGUCUCCUGAACUUUUUUCAGAGCACUCUUUUUUUCUAUAAUACUAAAAUAAAUCUCUGAACCUAGUUUUGACUGUAACUCUGUCAGUUUUUCCACUGCAGAGUACCCCACAUCAUCCUGUUUUUUCUGCUACCUUGUAUACACAUAGACCUCGGCCGCUGUUGUUCCUAGCAGACAUCUCACAAGCCCGGAGGCGCGCUCUGGAUUUCACAAGCUCGGUAUUUAUCUAAACGCUGGUAAUUCGAAUAUGUGAUCUGACGGGAGGGAGAACACUUUCAUCUGGAUGAAAUAAAAUGUUUCUCAUGCUGAAGCGAAAAAAACAAAUAUCAAAACAUGGAAAAGUGCAUCAGAAUGCUGGAAAUGAUCUUCUCUGUUCAAAAGUUUCUGGGAGAGGAUUUCUGGAUCCCUCUUUAAAUUGUUCCACCCACUUCUUUUGCGUUUGAUGCCCGUGUUUUAAUGCGCUGUUAUGGGCUCUUUGUACAAACAGCAUAUAUGUGAGCAUAAUGAACCUUAUAUGCAUUGCAAGUAAAAGGAGGGUAAUUGCAGCUGCCAAAUGAAAGCAUUUACUCAUCAUGGACUUAUUGUGUACUUGUGGUUACUAAGAAUCAAUCUCUCUGGACACUAGCUUCGUGUUUUGCUGUGGUUUAUAUCUCCGGUUACCUUUAAUGGGUUUCUGAGGUUUAGGAGCUGUUUUUCAGUAACAGGACUGCCAUCUCUCUUUGUUGUCAGAUUUUCCGGAGGUGCUGGCUGGUGUUCAAGAAAGCCUCGAGUAAAGGACCCCGACGGUUAGAGAAGUACCCAGAUGAGAAAGCAGCGUACUUCAGGAGCUUCCACAAGGUAAACACACUGAUGAAAGACACUGGAAAUUAAAUGUUGAUUAUUAUUGUUCCCACUUUGCCCUAAUAUAUAAAUUCACAUUAUGUAAAUACACAAGCCUGAUUAUUUUGCCUGAUUUUCCUGUGGUCUGUUGCAAGUUAAGAGUGUUUUACGUCCUCUGAUCUGCUAGAAAGAUGAUCACUUCCACCCUGACUCUAAAAAACCCAUAAAUAUUAAAUAUGUUCUAUUAAUAUUUAGAGCCAGAAAUCCUGUUGCGUGGAGGGGGGACCCUAAAGACAGCCAAGCACAUGAUCUUGUGGGUUGUCAUGCCAGUCAAAAGCAGGCAAACUAGAAAAGGAUGCACAACAAAAACAGCUAUAGCAACAAUAAUAAUCUUUGAGCUUAGAUGGAUGUCAGAAACAAAGGUGCUGUUAGACAUAUACUGCAGUUGAACUGACAGAAAUUACCACCACUAUAGACAGCUGACUAUUACCUGACACAGCGUAAAGCAUCCUGCUGCUUUUCAGAUAUUAUCAUGUUUGGAUUUGGCAAAUAAUUGAGGAAAUACAUUUUUAGGACAGUUGUUUUGAUUCCUUUUAAAAAGCCCCUACUCUUUAAUGAUCUGGAUGGAUUAACCUAUUAUUUGUUUAAUAUGAUGGCUGGGAGGGAGAAGGUCACUGGUGGAUAAUUGACAUUGACUAAUUGGAGAGAGCUUCAUGGACAGAGACAUUUCAAACUUGUCUAACUUUUACCAGCCAGUUGAGGAGGUAACAGAUCCAUCUGUUGCUGAGCUAAAAUGAUGCACAUCAGAUAAAGGUACUUCAUACAGGCAGGGGCAUAUCCAGACCUUUUUGACCAGGGUUCCCCAACCUCAGCACUGACACUGCUGGAGCGAUAUUUUUUUUGUUGGAUGGAAGGGGAAAGUCCCGCCUCCUUCACUUCCGAUUGGCUAGAAAAGCUGGAAACGUCAUCUCAUGCUCAAGCCAAACGCGGGUUGUCGGCUAUGUACAUCAAACAGAAUAUUACAGAACAUUAUCGCACUUCCGAAUCUCCUAACCCUAACCCUUACCCUAACCCUAAAGGUCCUUUCACACCGGGACUGUUUUUAUCGUGUGAUUAUUUCGGACGUCAAAAGUUUUUCGGGGGUUUUGAAUUUUUGGGGUUCUUGCUGGGACAAGUUAGCCUACUUUAUGUAACAAAAAACUUCAAAAAAAACUAAACUAAACUAAAACUCUGGCCUUAAAACAAAUCAAAACUAAUCUGAAAUAAAAAACAAAAAAGCCAAAAAUAAUAAUAAGGACUCUUGAAAACUUCAAAACUAUUACAGCCUUGGCUCUCUGACUGAGGUUGCUUGUCAGGUAAAUCUGUCAGUGUUUGGUGUGCUGUGUUAACCAUAUCAUUGAACUCCGCACACUAUGAAAACAAAACACUUAAAUCUGUCAUUAUUUGUGGUCAUGCAUGGGCUCUCCAACAUUUUCCACACUUGUUAGAAUUUUGAUAUCUUCUAGUGUGUGCCAGGCUUUAUGCGUUUUAAAGAGGGAACCUUAUUUCUCUGGCCUUUUUUCACCAAGCAGAGCACUUAAAUGGACAAUUUUGUUGCUUUUGUUCAGGCCAAAUGGUACCAAUGUCAGUCAGCUCCUUGGUCGAUCAAAAUAAGACAAGAUGAAGUGACCAGAUUGCCUUGAAAAAAGAAAUCAAUACUUAUAAUAUCUGGAGUAUGAUUGCUAAAGAUUUGGUAACACUCUGACCUUUUGUCUAAUUCCACCAUCAGACAGUCAUUCAAGUUAGACAAUCAAAAAAGUCUGUUGAGAUUUUAUUGAUAUUUUGCCGUCCUUCUUGAAUACCAAAAGGUUUUUUUAGACACGGUCCAUCCAGUCUGAAAGAAAAGUUUCUGGUCGCAGCAUGGUCAUUUAUCAAACUACACAUUUUGAAGUGGUCAGCUGGUGAAAUAAAUGAGCUUUAGCAUCAGUCACCAAAAGUAAGAGGCACAAAAUGUUCUUUUUUUAUGAAGCUACACUUGCUUUCAAAAGACUAAGUAACUUUAUACUUCUUAUGUGUAUUGAAUCAAUGCUCUGUGCACUCAGCUGCAUUACACACUUCUUCAAAGCGCCUUGUUUUCAUCUUCAAAUGAAAACUUUUAUCCAUCGGUCACAGAUGAUGGAGUUAAGGAUCCGUUAAGACACUUUUUUUGCCACUUCACCCUCUCCUCUGGGCCCCCUCCUUCCUAAAGUAAUAAUCCACACAGUAAUAUAUCUUUCCUUGCCUCUCGAGCCAUUUGAAACACUCCAAUUAUGGCUCAUUAUCAUGGUGAGGGGAUAUGGUGUUAAAGGAGUGGCUGUGUGCACAGUGUUUGACAGUAAUGAGAGGAGAUAACAGCAGAUGACAGAGGACUUUGACAUCAGGUUUACAGUGUAGCUGCAGUUUGAGGGCUGAUUUAGGAACCUUGUAAUUAUGAAUAAGGUUGGGGAUUUCUCAGACACCACAAGAGUUUCAUUCUCAGUUUCCCAGAAUACUCGCAACUACAAGCCAGGUAGAUGUUUGAACCCACUUUGUAAGCGUCCCAUGCUGCUUCAGUACAAGCCAUGUAUUGUGAAUGAAGCAUCUCCCUGCCCACUGCAUCAUGCUGUCACUUGGGGCGUCCUGUGUGGCUGUAGCCCCCCCUUCCCUGAGGCGUCUCAUACACCCGGCGCCUGAGUGAGCGAUGAGUGCGCACAUGCACCAGUGCACCUGGUAAUGCAUCGCCACAAAGAUCAAGAAAGGUCCUGUCUGAGGGCUUCAUUCAACGCUGCAGUGCUUUGAGAGGAAAUAGGCUGCAAUGGUGGCUGAUUUACAGAAUCAACACAAAAGGGGAUUGGCUUUCUUUAGCACUUUUUUUCCCCAUUCGCUUUCCAUAUCCCCUUCACUCCUACUUUGUUGCUCUCCCUCCCUCUCUUUCCCUGUUCCCUUUUUCUCUCUGUCUGAUACGCACUGGUCCACACAGUAAAACAGUCCCUGAAUACAUUUUGUAAUAUUUUUAGCCUUGUGGAAGUUUUAUAUCUGAAUCUCUCCCAACAGAGGCAGAGAAAGUGAAAAAUUUGAGCUGUAUUUAAAUGUCAAAAUACAACAUGUGCAUGUUGAUGUGAAAAGAACCAGUAAAGCAAAGAGCAGUGAUAAGUUUUAGCUGCGGACUGUAUUGAAUACUGGAUAAAAUCACCAUGCUGUUAACCAUUGGUUGAAAAAUUGCAGUCCUGAGGCUUGAAUUCAGCCUGAUGGAAGUUGCCAUCUUGGCCUUUUGGCGCUGGAAGAGACCAAAUUUGGACAAGAGGUUGGCACUGAGGGAGAGCAGUGGUUGGCAAGAAGCAAGUUAUCAGAGUUAUGCCCAAGGCCGAUCAUUGGCGGACUGAUAAGCGAGUAAAAAACAAUGUUUCCAAUGAAAGAAGAUGAUAUUUCUGGUUGUAAAUGACUAAAGCUGUUUAUUAACUCGACUGAAAAAUCAAAAGUGUGGGCAAUUAUGUUUCUUUUUUGCACUCAUUUGAGUGUGAUAGUAAAUAGUUGUUUAAUUAAAGGGCAAAAAGGGUCUUCUCGUCUCUAACAUGAUAGCUAGAGGGUUUUUUUUUGCGGGAAAAACAUCAAGCAAAAUCCAUAUUUCUAUUCACUGACUUGCAAAUUAAAUCAAUGUUUGAGAAAAACUGUAUAGUGUGGUACUACACUUGCCAUUUACCCCUCAAACUACUCUGGUUUUACUUUAAAGUUUUCCAAAAGGCACCAAUUACACAAACAUGCUUGAAGAUCAGUGUUUCAGCUGAGGUGAUGUCUGGCAGACAGCUUAAAGCGCCUAUUUAUCACUUAGAUAUUUAAAAUUGAAAAGAAGUUCAGUUUGUUUGUUUUGCUACUUUAACUGUGUUACAGUUUUGUCAUUUUUUUGUCAUGUUUCUUGGAAACUCUGCUCUGUAUGUCUUCUCAAGGACAAUUUUGAAAAGGUGCUUUUUUUAAUCCAGCGAGUCUUCCUGGUGAAGUGAAGCUUAAAUUGAACAAUAAACAGAUUUCUCUCGGUACAGCAUUUGAAUAUGAGAUAAAGGCAAACACAUUUUUAGCCACAAAUUGGCUGUGCAGUUGUAUAUAAUUCAGUAUGCGCCUCUAUUAUGAUUGUUUUUAUUGGAGGGGGGCGCCUCAAGUGGCUGGCCAAGGAACUGCAGUUUUUGUGACUUUACAUUUCACUCUAGAAGCUGCAGCUCGGUUUUAGCCACAUAAGCAUUAUUGAUUUGGAGGUCCACUCUUUUGAUAUAAAGGUCACUAUCUGAUGAGGCAGUAGGGGAGAUUUUAUGCUGACACUCUUUGUCACUAUGUGUCCAUAACUUAAAUCAGACCAUGCUGAGACUAUGCCAACACUUUCUUGCACAAUCAGGUCAAACUUCCUGUCAGUCCUGUACCACUUGAACAUGGACCUGUUAUGGUGUCUAGGUUGUGCUUUUGGUCAUCUUCUGCUCAAUUCCACUGAUUUUGUAUUUGUUUUUGUGGAUGUAUCAGGGAAACUGUUCUCUAGGGUUGCUUCAGACACACAGAUAUAGUCACCCUAUUUAAAUAAUGGCCUAAGUCAUUUUUUGACGAAAAUGAGUUUUUAGCCUAAAUCAUCUCUUAAUAAUGCUGGCCAUCUCUGGUAAAAUCACCUAGUUGAAAGGAUCAUGGCAUGAUCAGGGCAUUACCAGAGAUGGCCAGCAUUAUCUAAGAUAGGGUGACGAUAUGUAACUUCAAUAUCUCUGAUGUAUGUAAUGCAUCUAUAAACCUUUUAUCACAACUGACUUCAGUUUUUUUUUAAAUUUGACUGUCCUUCGUUUCGGAGCAGGCACACACCUGAUCUUUCUGUCCAAGAUGAGAUACUUCUAUGCCAGUAUUGUCCCCUAGAUUUUUUUAGCAGGCUUACUGUAGCAUAUUAGCCUACCUCUGAGCACUGCUGUGCCCAAGAACAGCCUCAAAAAGCUGCUAGCAUAGCAGUGAACUUUUAAUCUUUUUAAUAUUGGAUUUAACUCACAACUUUGAAUAAAUAAAAGGAAAGUAGAGGAGAGGAGAUGAGAAAUCGCCUCAUCACAGAUGAUUCACUUUGCUCGGACUCUUGCGCCUUGGGCUGGGAACGCACCCAAACCUCCUCCCUUAGACACACAGCUUCACACACACACACAUACGCACAAGAAAAGAGAGCACAACGUGCACACAGAUACACAAACAGACACAAACAGAGAAGGAGAUAAGAGGCUGGUGGAAUUCACAGCUGAGAAAUUCCCACAGUUGAUGCUGUCUUAGUGCCAGUUAUAUGUAUGAAUAGCCUGCCUGAGGACAAAUAUAUACUGUCUUCACAGGAGGAAAACAUAACCUCGUCUCAUAUGAAAUAUUAAGAUACUAUCUUUUACAGGGACAGGAAUAACAAAUGAAAAAUAUCUGCCAUCUUUCAUAUCCAUAACUUUGUCUCCCUCACCUUUCUCUCGGUAUUUUCUUGCGUUUGUUGAUAUCUUUUUUACUUGAUACUGAGCAGGUGAUAUCAGACAAUCCAGGGUGAAUUUAUUACAUGCAGCCUUAUCGAAGAAAGAAAUCUGAAUCCCACAUAUGUUCCCUGUGUUAUUAGGUCUGCUCUUUAACCCCACACAGUUCAGCUUUACUAUACGGGCAUUGAGCCCAGAUAAUUCAUUCCCAACAGCCUGGCUGAGGGCCCACAGUUAGCACACAAAGGAGUACAAUAAUGUAAUGGGCCUUAUCUCCAAGGCAGAGCGAACACAGGGAAGACAGUUGAACAAAAUGCUUGUAAAUGCGGGUGAUAUUCAAUUAAAUGUAAUCUUCUCUUUUUUUUCAUUCAAGAUCAAUCUCCUGGUAAAGUGAUUUAGAUGCUUUUGAUCUCGCUUCUCCCUAUUGACUGGAGAAGCAGGUUCAAGGAGAGUGAUUCAGCAGUGGAUGUACAACUAAAGAGAAUGAGCUGCAGGCUACAUUUACACAUAAAGUGCUUUUAAAAUAAGUAGCAGUGCUGUAUUGCAGCAGGGUGCAAAGAGCAACUACUGUAGAUGAUUUCCUUCAUUUUUAAAAGAGCUCAUAACUAGCGGGACAACUACUUUUAUUUAUUUAUCCCUUAAGAUCCCCCACAUGUCUAUUUAACUAUGCCCUAUUUUAAAUGCUAAGCCUCAACUACUAUUGCAUCUUCAGCAAAGCAGUGCAAGAUGGCACUUAAGCCCUGCGACUGCUGCUCCUCAUGCUGGCUCUGUUCAUUCCAGCUAAUGUGCUCUCCGCCGCUCUCUCCUUCCUAGAUCACUGAGCUCCAUAACAUCAAGAACAUUACCCGGAUGCCGCGGGAGACAAAAAAGCACGCCGUGGCCAUCAUCUUCUGUGACGACACAUCCAAGACAUUCGCCUGUGACUCGGGUAAGUGCCUUACCUCCCCCUCCUCCAUUCAAAAUUCAAAUUCAACUUCCUCGGCUAAAGUAGAGCGAGAGAGAGAGAGAGAGGAAGGCAUUAUUUUUAAUUUUUUACAUGCAAAUGAAAAGUGAAGGGGUGGUUUCAGGAAAGUUUUGCAAGAAGCGGAGGAAGAAUGAAAAGUGGGAGGCUGAAAGAGAAAGUGAGAGGUGAAAGAGGCAGCAGAGAAUUGGAGAUGAGCCAAGUGAUGCUCAUUUGCCGCUAUAUUAAGAAGUGGGAGGAUCUGUUCCGAAAUAUUGAUUUUCACACUGCAGGUAUGAAAAAUGAUAUUGGACAUCGUUUGCAGUGUGUUUCAAACCCAAUUAUGAAGUGUAACAAUAGAGAUUGCCUCUGAUACGUGGACAGGAAGCCAAAGAGGUGUAUGAUCCUUACAUGGUCGGUGUGUUUUGUUGCUGGAGUUGGAUGUAGAGGAGGCCAGAGGCGAGAUCAUGCCUGUGCAUCCUUAAACAGAAAAGGAUGGAGAUCGGUCUUGACUUCAGCCGUGUGGAUGCGUGCCGACAUGUGAUCAAGUAUCUUUUGAUGGAGAGGAGCAGGAGACCUCAGGGGAAAUAUUAUUGAACUUAGAGCGCUGAACUCUCUCUUGCCUUUACUCUGAUUCCCAUGAUCACUCACUCUUUAUUCCCCCCUCCUCUCUCUCUCUCUCUCUCUCUCGGCUCAUUUCCAUUCCCAGAGCUUUCCCCCCUUGCACGGCCAUAUGGAUGUCUCUAUCAAUGUGUGUCCACUGACCUCCCAUAGUCCUUCACUUCCUGGAAACCCCUCUACAUCAAACACCAAACUCCCCGCUACCUUGUGUGGGCUUUCAUCUUAGGACCAAAUGCACCGUGAAGAAUCUGUGAUUUUAAUGUGACUGAUUUCAUUUCAAUUGAGUCCAGGGAGAAAAUUUCUUUAGGUUUUUAUGGAAACACAGUUUUUCUGCAUAAUUAUGCACCAUCUCCUCAUUUUUGCUCUGAAUCAUUUACAGUUUGGACAUGUGACAUACUUAAAGCUCCUGUGAGGAGUUUUUUGACGUCAAUUAAGAGAAGAAGUAGACUCCAUUUUUGUCUUCUCGCCUCCACCCGGGACGCUGUAGGAUGGUAAGGGAAGGUCCCGCCCUUCUUCGCCUCUGAUUGGCUAUAAGUGCUGACCGUUUGGCUUGAGAGUGUGAUGACGUUUCAAGCUUUUCUAGCCAAUCAUAGGCGAAGGAGGCAGGACUUUCCCCGGGAAAAGUCUUCCCCAGGAUGCGUCUUUUUCCCCCCGGAAAGUCGCUAAAUCGCAUCAGCCUUGAUGUGUAUAUUCAGGUGUGUCAAAAUUCGCCUCUGAAUAUUUUGUAAUUUUGCGUUCUAUAUUCGCGUCGGCCUCGGUGUGCAAGGACCUUUAGGCACCUCAUGAUUUGAUUUAAUUACAAUUUAGGGUACUACAAUUCGAUAAUUAACAGUUAUAACAAUUAUCAAUGCAUCUUUUUUCCCCUACUACAUUUCUUUUAAACAACGCGUAUUUGUCAGCUCCUGUCAAACUAAGUAAACAAACAAAUUUACCUACAUUAUGUUCUAUCUAUACUAGACCAAAUGAUCUAACACUUUUUCACAACAAAAAGCUGCUCUUAUUACAUAAAGUGCUCUAACUGUUGGCUUGUUCAGCUUUAAUGAGCUAAAGUGAGAAACAGCAUUGCCAGUCAGGCAGCUGGUGAACGAGGGACCGCAUGCACAGACACCUGAAUCAUUGAACUAGACUCUCUGGAAUCAUUUUGUCAGACAAAACCACCUUUUUUUUUUUUUUUUUUUAACUGUUAGAUUGCCACCACAACAACUUGCAUACUAUUGGACACAGCAUAGUAGUGCAUUAACCCGCAGCAUCCUAUUAUUGCAGCGGUUUGCGAGGGAGCGGUGCAUGUUCAGUGUGAAUUCUCCUAAAUAUUCAGUGAACAAUGAGCCCAAUUUACCGAGCAGACCUGAUAAAUGACAUACAGUAGGACAGUACACUUAAAACAUCAUGAUUUAUAAACAAGUUCAUUUUUACAAACCUGUUUGCCAAAGCAACGUAGCCAAACACUCUCGUCUCCGGGUCCCAGAAACUACGAGUUAAACUGAAUCCUGAAACAUUCAGCUGUGUAUCAGUUCAGGAGGUUGGAGUCGCAGGCUUCUCCCACUAAAUGAUUCAGUGAUUUGGUGAACAAAUCUUUUGAACAAAUCUUUUUAGUGAACUGAUUCUAGUGAUUCAGUUCAUGUAAAACAACUGCCGUGCCCAUCACUUUUGUGAGUGACGGUCCAGGACCCCGUCGGUAGAAAGCAGCCAUUUUUAUGGUUAUGAUGCUCAGAUCUGGAUAUUUUUUGAUACAGAGAGAAAUAAAAUUAGCUAUGACAUAUCCCAAUGUCCAAAAUAUUGCGAUUUUGUCCAGAACUGCAUCCAUACACAUUCAUGUAUUUGGUCAAUUAACAGCUUUUUACCUAAAUUGAUGGCAGGAUACAAAAAUACAUGAAUCAAUGUUUUCCCACUUCAUCACUAAGAAUUCAGUGGUCAUUAAAACACAGUCUAAAAUUUGAAUGUAAUAAUUCAUUCAGGUCGACUGUACACAUAGUUUUUAAACAAAACUGUAUUCCAGAGCUGAAAUUGGCAAGUCUAGCUGGGUCAUGAUUUAUGAAAGCUGCUUUGGCAUACAGCUUUUCUACUACAGUGAAAAGUUAUCACGAGUUUGGAUCAGAAACUUGACCUGGCAGCUGUAACACAAGCAUCAAACUUGUUCAGAGUCAAUGAUGGAUACAAAUUCACAUCCAAAUGAAGAAUAGAAAUUACAUCAGGAUGUUGGCUUCUUUAAUUAAAGAAGAAAAACACUAUCAGGCCCUCAUGACUAUUCCCUCAUAUGUUAGUUAUAAGAUUAACCUUUGGAAGCCUCUGCGCGAACAGUGACUGUCAAAUUUGCCGGCAUUUAAAACAAAGGACCAAACAACAGGCGCUAAAAGCUUUUACGUUUUUGGACACUUGUGUGGCCUUAUAAAGAGAUAAAGCCAGAUAGAUACAACGUCAAUUCCUGAGAUUCCACAGAGGAAUUAGAUCCAGACAUUAUUUAUUGUAUUAGUCGGUAUAAUAACCACAGCCUGCUGCUGUAAUCAGGAAAGAUGAAGGGUCUUGACCAUCUCCUGAUUCAAUUCUUACAUCUCCCUUCCCUCUAACCUCAUCCAGUUAUUUUCUUACAUCCUCACUCACUCUAUCUUACACCAUCGCACACCUCCACUGCUGCACACGCAGUACCGUAUUUCUUCAUGCGUGGCACAUAGACGAGCAUACCUGCCUCUUUGCUGAUGAAGUGUUUGUUUAGCAGAUUUUCUGAGCGCUCGCCUUAAACUGUGGGAGUUUAGAGGCGCUUAGAGGCUAUAGUGACUCUGAACGAGCUGAACGUGGAGAGGUAAGAGCAGAGAGCUAUAGUGCAGAGCCGCUGUCGGUGACUGUAUGUGUGUGCGGCUGUAUUUCUGCUUUCUGGUGUUUGCGAGUGAAGCGCUUCAGGCAGCGGCAGACCUUUCCUUCACCCUGCAAAGUUGUAUGUAUCAGUCCCAUCGGACACCAGAGUUGAUCUGACAAACAGGCUGUUUGAUAUUACCCAAUCUAGUUUGAAGUGAGUUAAGGGAGAUGAAAUUACCUCCAUUCUUAUUAUAUAAGCGGACUCUGACUUUCGAUUAUUAGAAAAAGAAACAAAGUGACAUCCCUGCUCUUCCACACGUGUCUCUGUAUGCAUCAUUGGCCCACAGUAAGCUUCAUAUCCCAGAAUUCCACAGGGCUUGGAGUUUAGGGGCUUCAGAAAGAUAACCAACUCCAGCAUUUGGCUCAUUUCAUACUUCAGUAACUCCAACCAAACGUUCACACAAGACAAUUCGACUAAACAAGAAGGGACACACCAUAGAGAGCCAUGAAGACUUUAAGAUUCAAUCCAUGAAAUAAUUAAUCACCUUUUAGCGUCCAAUUGAACAUUAAAUCUCACAAUAAAUGCUUCCUUUUCUCCAAGUGCCAGCUGUGUUUAGUUGUGACUGCCCAUAGAGAGCUUUCACAAAUCAAGAGUGCCAUCAUAGGGAGAGUAAAUAAUCAUAAUUCCUCUGAUUCAUUUUAAGAUUUUACUUUAAGUACCAUCACCAAGAAACCUGAGAAGAAUAAAAAACGUUAGUUAGUAUGUUAGAUUUAUGAGAGCACUGAUACCACUCUUCCAUCUGUAGCUAAUGCAAACAGCUGGCCACACAAACAAAGCUCCACCCCUUUUUUCCAUUUAAACAAAAGAGAAAUGGUUUGAUAAGUGAGUUGUGUUAGAAGGCAGAGUGUCUGCAACUUUUGAGAAAUUUAGAGAAGCUGCUUUGUGCUGAGCAUGCUAAUUUAAAGGCGGGGUAGGCAGGAUCUGAGGAAGUUCCAGUUUUUGGGAGAAAUCUUGAAUGUAAACACGACCCCUCCCAACCAGUUUUCCCCUCAGCUCCUCCUCUCCCCUCCCUCUCUGCUCCAGCAAGCCCCGCCCACCAACAGUCCUAGCAUGGAGCAUGCCUUACAAUAUGAGGGAGCAGCGUUCGCCUCAAAGCCAAUCAGCACUAAGGAGCAGCGUCCACCUCACAACCAAUCAGGUUGGGGGAGGUGGAGAACGGCUUUGUUUACAGUCAGAAAAAAGGCAGUUUAAAAAUUUUUUAAAUGAUGACACAGAUGUAACAAAACACAGCGAUAUUGUUAUAUUACCAAAUGUCAUCAAUAACUAAUAGAAGAAGAAGAAGAAGAAGAAGAAGAAGAAGAACUUUAUUGAUCCCUGAAGGGAAAUUCAAUAGCUAUUGAUAUUGACUAAUAGCUAUUGACUGAUAUUAAAAGCUUUUUUUGUAUAUACACCACAAAAAAGAUGUCUCUUUAAUGGAUUCCUGCCUACCCCACCUUUAAUCUUCUCCUGGUUACAGAUGAUAUAGUCUGGUACUUUGAUUUUAUUAUAAUGGGUUAGAAAAUGAUGACAACUGAACUGCUGGGUCUGCUAGGUAGAUUUUUUUAACCAGCUGUUCCCCCCUCAGUUCAUUCUCAGUAAAACAGCUUGUAUACUAGCAUCGCACCUAAUGUGCCGGCAACAUUUUGUCAUUUAACUUUUGACAAGUCAUCAAACAAGGUUCCCAUCAUCCUGCUGAAAUAUUCUUCAUCAGAUCAUUUCCUUUUCAAUUAACAGUUUACAGCUGAGGCCAUCCUUUUAAUUUGGAAAAUAGCUUAUUGAUUGUCUGACUGGAUGAUCAUUGGUUUCAGUUGUGAGUGCGGUCAUAUUGUUUUAGCAGAGCUUCUCCUACUGUACAGCCUUUAAAUGGGCAAAGGAGGACGGGGGGGGGGGGAACCUAACAUUCAUCUCUUGUUAGCUUUUGCAGAAUCCACCUCCUCUUUUAAUCUGCUCCUAAUCGAUGAGAUAGAUUUUUCUCUCCCUCGGAUACUGUUUGCUGUACUCAUGUCCUGUAGGUGCAGCAUUUUAUUGUGAAAUUCUUUAGGUGAUUUAUGUAUCUGUGCAUGUGUAAAUGUAGUAAAGGCAGCGCGGUUGCGGGUGCUUUAAUGGGAACAGGAUGUUUUAUUAUGAAUGCAGUGUUAUAGAGGAGCUUUCACAGUGGACGUGCAUUAAUUCUGUGCUGCUGUUUGUGUGUUUGCAGAGCUGGAUGCGGAGGAAUGGUGUAAGCUGCUAUGCGUGGAGUGCCUCGGCAGCCGUCUCAACGACAUCAGCUUGGGAGAGCCAGACCUGUUAGCAGCGGGGGUGCAGCGGGAGCAGAACGGUGAGUGCCCAAUUAGUCCCUGCUAACACAGACAGCCAUUCAGGGUCAAUCUCUCUCACUCCCGCCACUGAGCAUUUACCGGUUGCAGUCCGAUCCCGUAUGUGUUAAUGCAACUGAGCCCUAAGAGGUUUAAGGAAGCAGAGCAGGGCUGUCCAAUUAGGCCUUGCUAAUUAGGGCCAGUUUUUGUCAAUAUCUGAUCCAAAAGUCCCCUGUUACCAUCUGUAGUAACACAAGCACGUUUGUUCAACUUUUGAAGUACAAUUUGGUGUGUGUCUGUCGACGUAAACCCAUGUGUGUGUGCGUGAGUUAGAUCACAGGUCACAGGCUGUGGUCGGGGCUCUGGUCCAGGCCUAAUGAGAAGUGCUGUGCAUCACUGGCUUCCCUCAUAAUGAAGCUUGUCACGGAGAUGGAUGAGAUUAUGGCUCCUAAAGCCAUGUGAAAUAAAUGUGCUUCCCCACAUAUUCCACUCACAGGAAAUAGAAAUGGAAAAGAGUGUGGACAACAGGGCGCUGCUAUCACAGUGGAGCUCAUUCUCUGUGUAAUUUGUAAACUGGCGGAGGAAAUUGAAAAGGCAACAGGCAAAGAAGAGCAGUUUAAAGUUGUAAAAGGGCGAGUAAUUGAAAAGAAUCUGCCGUCAUUUCAGCCCAUUUCAUUUCACUGCAGCUGUAAACCGAAAUUGUAUUCUCAAACUGAACUGAGGCCCAUUUAUUUUAGGUAUCAAUACACACGUUUUGACUGUGCCGCGGCGAAACCAGCCGGCUGUAACAACACAAUCCCUCUUCCUUCUUUUUGCGGCAGAGGUCCUCUGUUUGGAGCUACGGUGUUACAAAGACAAACAGAGCCGUCUUUUCUCUGCUGCCGACAUGAAUGAAUGAAACAUGGAGCUUUGAGCCUUCUACAGGGUUUCAAUUAGUAGCCCUCCCCAAACAGCAGGGGCAGAUAAUUAGAUCAGAGUUCAUUUUCACUGUCCCUAAAAAUAUGCCUCACUAUGACAUUGCCAUCUCCUAUCCGCCGCAGACACAUGGCUUAUUUUGAAUCAUUAAGCAUAAUUAGUGAGAACUAAUUUAGAUUAUGGAGACCUGUGUCCCUCUUCCUCUCGCUGCCUGCCUUAGAGAGUAAGUCUAAUGCGAGGAGGUAGAUUUGGCUCCUUGAUCCCAGUGCAGCUCAAUGGAGGGCUAAGUAGACCCUCUUAGGGCUUGUUUUACUCUAUUUUUGCCACCCUGGAUGAAAACACAUGGCUUAGGUAAGUGCAGAUGGAAAAAAGACAGGAAAGAAUGUAAAGUGCAUUCUUUCAAUAACUGCACAAAAUAUCAGCUUCUGACAAAAGGUUGAAAUCUUUCGGUGGCCAUGAUUUAUACUGACUUAAGGGUAAAGUGCUUGUGAGUUGACUGAAUCUCAUCCGGAUUUUCCUUCAGCCUUUGUUCAAUGUAUUAGAAAGCUCUACGUCAUAUCAAACACUAUAAAAUAUUGCUAGUUUUUUUGCACAGGUGUUUAAAACAGCUAGCAUGCUACGGUUUGUGAUUUAAUCAAGACAUGGAUUUAUUAGCAUCUCAAAAUUUUAAGUAAAGGAACAGGAUGUAGGGGAGAGUGGGGUAAGUUGAGCCAAAGGGUAAGUUGAGUUAGCCUGGCUGGGCCAUCCUGUUGCGUGAAUCACUUGCCGUUGCUUCCCACAACAGUCUGGACUUCGGCCCAUUGGGAGCGUGUAUUAGCGAUCAGAAAAUAACUGGGCCAAUCAGUGACUGUGUUUCCACUGUUCCCCGUACAACAGGGAAAGGCAGCCCCUGAUUGGUCCAUGUGUAGAUGGUAAGUUGACCAUAGGAGACCACUUUUUUUGGCAUACUAUAUUAUCAAGACAGUUUCGUUUACACUCGUUCUGUUGGUUUGCAGGGAUGUACAACAUCUUGAAAUAUAUGCAGAUUCACUAGUUAGAGACAAAACUAUGAUUACCUUGAUGUAGUGAUCUGAAAUAUGAAAAAUAGCUCAUCUUACCCCACUCUCCCCUACAUGAAUUUAUAUAUUUUUUUUACAUCUUUGCAUUUUGUCUUGAACAUGUAAGAUUCUGCUUUAAAAGGUAAAUUUCAGGACCAAUGACAACACAGGGGCGUAUUGUUGAAGACUGUCUGAUUACAAAUGCUUCUCGAAAUGCAACAAAUCUGACCAAGCUCAUUAUUUAUUGUGCAUUAAUUUAAUUGAGAUGCUGAGUAAUGCUCUUUUGAAUGACAGAUAGUCACUAGUCUCAACCCAAACAGCUGGCAAUACAUGUAAAUAAAAAACGAGGUCCUCAACCUUUGAGCAUCUUUAAGAAUAAAGGUUAAUUAUGUCGGCUUGGUUAAGUGCAGUUUUUGAGGUUGCUAGGUGACAGGAGCAGCUCUGAGUAAUGAAGGUAAGGACAGGAAUGACUGGUAGCUGAACUGGAAAUCAUUCACAGAUCACACCAUCUCAUUUGAGCUCAGCCUCAGUGGUUCACGCUGAUUACUGUAUGAAGGCUGGGUCCUUUGGAGAUGUUGCCACGGACACAGCUUACAUACCAGAAAGUUAGCCAUCCUCGUAGUCUGUAACCCAACACAAAAAAAGGAUUGGGAUUUUGUUUUGUCAGUUUUACCUUCGGCAUAAAGCUAGUAUACCACAAAGGAUGUAUCGGUGGUUUAAAGUGACUGAUUUACAGUUUACUUCCUUUUCACUGAGGAGAGAAAGAGUUAAAGGGAUAUUCUGGCGUAAAAUUAAUUUAGGGUCAAGAGAUAAAUGUUGCAGACCGCUUGCUUCUCUAGUUAUACCAACUUUAGUAAAGACCGCACACUAGCAAUGCACAGCGGUCUGAGGAGCCAUAAACAAACUUCAACCAAAAAGCCACUCUAUAGCCACAAAUAAUGCUCCGGACAGCACCUAACUUCAUCAACAGUACAUAUAGGGUCCCAGCCAUAGCACUAGCCACCAAACAUCUUUUUAACUUUGCCUGAUUUCUUUAGCAAAGAGACUAAACACAACUCACCUACUCUCUUCCAGCAGCCGCUUGUUUGUAGUGAGGCCAGUCUAUUAUGGACUGCUGCAGGGUGAUGCAGCUCAAGAAAGAACAUUUAUGAUCAUUUCUACAUGGAAAUGGAAUCAGACCGUGAUGCUAAGUCAGAAGAACUACUGCAUCUGCAGUACAAAAUGAUUAAUAUGAUGAUUAUUACUUAGAGAAAAUGAUAAAGAAAUGUUCAUAGAUGUUCUUCCUUGAGCUGCGUCACCCUGCUGUAGCCCGUAAUGGACUGGCCUAAGGUCUCACUACAAAGCUGCUGGAAGAGAGUAGGUGAGUUAUGUUUAGUCUCUUUGCUAAAGAAAUCAGGCAAAGUUAUAAAGAUGUUUGGUGGCUAGUGCUAUGGCUAGGACCCUAUAUGUACUGUUGAUGAAGUUAGGUGCUGUUCUGAGCAUUAUUUGUGGCUAUAGAGUGGUGUUUUGGUUGAGGUUUGUGUAUGGCUCCUCAGACCACUGUGUAUUGCUAUGCUGCAGUUGUUACUAAAGUUGGUAUAAGUAAAGAAGUAAGCGGUCGGCAACUUGGUGUUAUGGUGUGUUUGACCCUAAAUUAAUUUUACGCCAGAAUAUCCCGUCAAGUAAAAAUAAAAUCUCUUGAAUACUAUUAAACUGUAUUCUUCUGAUGCUCUUUAAUCUCUUUCCAGAACGUUUCAAUGUGUACCUGAUGCCCACGCCUAACUUGGACAUCUACGGGGAGUGCACCAUGCAGAUCACUCAUGAAAACAUCUACCUGUGGGACAUCCACAACGCUCGCCUCAAACUCGUCAUGUGGCCUCUCAGCUCUCUGCGCAGAUACGGACGAGACUCCACUUGGUUCACUUUUGAAUCUGGAAGGUGUGUGUGCGUGGAGAUGCGUGCUUGUGAGUUUUGUGUGACUGAAAUGUUGGCGGUGGGAAGAAGGGAAAAAAAAAAAAAAACUUUCUGGAAGUGUCGUAAAAACUUCAACAAAGCAACUUCGGAUAUCCAAAACAUCCCAGGAUAUCAGCGUUUGCCGCAGAUCCCUUCAGGCAUCUGAUGUGACAGGUGCCUCUGUGAGAGCGUGUCUUUGUUUGUGUACUGUAUCUACUCACGCAUGUGUGAGCGACUUAAACUUCAGUGGGCUAUUAUAUCAGUGCGUCUCUCUGUAAGUGCACAUUCAAUCGUGCGCAUUUGUAAAUCAGCAAUCCGAGAGCGGGCUCGAUCAAAGCGUGUGCACUUCUCUCUGUCUCUGUGUGUGUGUUCCUGGCGCAGGAUGUGUGACACAGGAGAGGGUUUGUUCACGUUCCAGACGCGGGAGGGGGAAAUGAUCUACCAGCGGGUCCACUCGGCCACGCUGGCCAUCGCCCAGCAGCAUGAGAGGAUGAUGGAGGAGAUGGAGAAGAGCUCCCAGGUAUGUUUUUCAUAUUUUAUCUGUUUUUUGUGAUACAAUGAGGCACACAGUUUUAUUCUAGUCCCGCCAACAUUACAAACAGCAAAUAAUGGAUGUUUCCUGUUGCAAGAAUCAUUAAUACGAGAGAAAGCAUGUUUAUUUUCUCAUGAAAAACCGCUUCUCUCUUUCUUCAGUGAUUUCCGGCGCUGUGUUUGAUUUAACCCAAUCAAAGAGGCACAUCACUAAAGCCAUUCACAGAGUUUUUUCCUCAAACCAACGACUACUAGAGCAGUAAAUCACCACUUUUAAGAACUUGCAUUCAUCUCCUGCUAUCGCCUGGUGCCGUCUUGGACCAGGAGCCCCAUCCGACUCCCCACGGUCUUGGCCUCCGCUCCCUCCUUCCUUCACAACACCCGUCCAUGCUUUCCUUCCUUUCUUCCUUCCUUUUCUCCCCCCCUCCUCCUCCCCGCUAUCAUCUGUAUUCUUUAUUUAUGUAGGCCUGCCUAGUGUUUGAUGAGCCUUGACCAUAUGGCCAUGCACUUGGACCCCACCAUUUGGGAACAUUUCCAAAAUGCAGCAUUUAGCCUCAGCUCUAUAAAUCACACGGACAGCUACACGAAACUGACCGCUCAGAGUCGCAGGGGGAGUGAAUUAGCUUUAAACAUGCUAAUUCUGCGACAUGCUUCUGAUUAAAUGCAGAUUUGUUUGCUGGAAUAUUGGGGCUAAAAUGUUCUGGUGCUUGGAAGGCAAAUAACAGUCGAAAACCCAUCACCCAGCAGCACAACAACAUCAUAAUCCCAAAUGUUUCCUCAUCUCAUACGCCAAACAGCCAUUCAGAGAGGGAACUUACCAUUCAUUGUGCAUUAUGCUGUAUUACACAGCCUCUUUGUUUACUGACGUACCUCGAGCUAUUUCCCCCCGCUGUGAGAGAGUGACAGAAAGUGAGACGCACUGUAAGCUGCUUCCUCUCUUUGUUACAGAUCCACUCCAGAGAGACGCUAACCAAGUCCAUCUCCCUGCCACGCAGCGCCUACUGGCAGCACAUCACGCGUCAGAACAGCGUGGGAGAUCUCUACAGUUACCAAGGUACAGGCAUGAAGUUACUAAUUAUGUCACACAAAGUGUUGCUAUUUCUUUCCCUGAUUCUGUCAGUGGUUCUGCGAGGAGCGCUUUGAGUGAGGUAAGGAAAGACAGGUGGAGAAACAGGACGACUAAGUGACAGAAAGGAGGAAUAUCGUACUCACCGAGGGAGGAAGUGUCUUUUUACAAACCUGCAGGCAGCACUGUACUUGUUUUUCCUCAGGAACCUGUCAGAAUCUAAAUUUACAUUCUGUUUUUUUUUCUAUUUUAUGAACUAUAUACAAGACUACAUUUUAAGAUUUGACAUAGGAGGAAGUAGCGCCACAUGUACACCAAACACCAAACACUAAAUGCAAGACAGACAUAUGAUUAGAUGUAAAACUCUGCCAACUGUCCGUGAACCAAAUACAACAUAACAUAGUUUUUUUUUUUUUUACACAUCCAACCUGAUUUGAGGAAUGAUUUCAUUAUCUGGAGCAUUUUUAACAAUGGCUGUAUAAGCCACUUACUGUACUGAAAUCACUGCCAACAGGAGUCAGUGACGUGUCGCUGGAGUCUUAGUGUUUGAGACAAGACAGGUGCCUUUAAAUUUGAUUCAAAUCGGAGACACUGAUGUGAUUUGGUUCGAGUCCAACAAAGGGGGACUGAGGAUUAUACUGAAGCAAAACAAACACGAAGAACAAGAUAAGAUAUUAACCUGAACGCUGAAUUGGUGGAAUAUGUCAAUGAUUUUUUUUUUUUUUUUGACUAAAGGUCCUUACACACCGGGGGCCAACGCGAAUAUAGAACGCGAAAUUACAAAAUAUUCGGAGGAGAAUUUUGACGCACCUGACUAUACACAUCAAGCCCGAGGCGAUUUUGUGAUUUUCCACGGGAAAAAGACACGUCCUGGGGAAGACUUUUCCCAGAGUAAGUCCUGCCUCUUCGCCUCUGAUUGGCUAGAAAAACUGGAACAUCAUCACACGCUCAAGCCAAAUGGUCAGCACUUAAAGCAAAUCAGAGGCGAUAAAAUAAGCACAUGAAACUAUAGUAACAACUGUUAGCUUACGUUAGCACAGAUGAAAGUUAAAACAAAGACGUUUAGCAAACUGUUAAAUCGCACAAACCAUCGUCAAUCAUAGAUCCGACGCUAUGACUCUCCACAAGUUGACCUUCAGGUCGUUAUCUUUCUAAUAUUUGUGUCUUUUAUCAAAAAGCACUCUGUUCUGCAACACGUAAACAAUCAGCCGGUCGGCCAUGUUGGAUAUACCGGUGAAUCUGACGUCGCAACAACACGAAAUCUGAUUGGUCAGAAGUGGACACACAGUAUGCGAAACUUUAGAAAAAUCGACUGUGCUACGAAAAAAUAAAUGCUGCAAUAUCACAGGACGGGAAAACGUCGCUGAUGUGAACGCUUGUACUGACAGGAUAACGGGACCAGAAACGGUCCUGGUGUAAAAGGACCUCAACCCUCCAUUUUUUUUCUCUUUUUUUUCAUUUUUGAUUUUUUUCUCAUUCUUUCUGUUUCAUAUGGUGGCCAACAACCACCACUGCUGCAAAUAAAUAAGAAGGCAACAAAAAAAAAAGAAACCGAAGCCUGCUGCAAAUUUUAAAAAAAGAAAUAGUGCAGAUAAAAAAAAUAAAUAAAAAUAGAAAAAACACAACGGAAGUUAAUAACGCAAAAAAAAAUAAAAUUAGGUGAUAGAACAAAAAAGUUACUGCAUAAAUAAAAGGAUGCAAAUAAAAAAAGCCACAUGGAAGUGAGCUGCCAGGGACCAAUAAUGAUGAUGCACCAGCGUUUUAUGAUCUAGGCACAGAAGACGGGGAAAGGUUAUUGUUUAAUUUCGCUUUGUGUGCUUUUUAAUGUGUCAUUUGGUUAGGCCAUGUAGCGCCUGAGUGGAUAUAAAGUUGAACUGGAGGAUGCCAGCGUAGUGUUAGCUUCAUUUCAACUUCAUAUGGACUCAGGCACAUUAUACCUGAUGUGAAGUUGAACUGAAGCUAACACUAUCAUUAUUGGUCCCUGUCAGCUCACUUCCAUCAUGGCUUUUUUUAUUUGCAUCCUUUUUUUUUAAAUUUUAUUUAUUUAUUUUAUUUGCAGCAGUGGCAGUUCUCGGCCACUGUAGUUUCAACAUCAUUGUUCAUCAGAGGAUGUUUUAUUACUUACAAAGAUGAUUUCAACAGUUUGUCAUCUAACUGCUCCUCUGAUGGGUUGUUGCAGCUGGUAGCUCCUAUUGCAAAGGUGCAAUAGAAAUUGAAAUAUAUUGAAAUAUGUGCUAACAGGUAUAAUGAAUUACUUAUAAACUCAGCGCUAAUAGCCUAAAGUAAUUAAGCUUCAGGUUAACCCUGACCCAUAAUAAACCAGUGAGGACUAAUAGAUAAGACAUAGGCUUAAUCAUAAAUCCUGUAAAAUGGUUCUCAAGUGCGUCACAUUAUUAUUUAUUUAUUCUUUAACAAAAUAAAAGAAUAUUUCUCUACUUUAAGCGCUGUCAGCUUUUUAUGUUCCCUGGUCUUCACUUGGUCUCCAUAUGGAAACUGUGUUUUUGCGUGUGUGUGUUGAUGCCUGUAUGAAGACCACAGGCAGAAAGGUGAUUAGAGAGCUGAUGAGAUUAUGCUCUGUCUAUGGCAUUAGUUGAUUAGUAGACUUAUCUGAGGAUUAUGGGCCUUUUGGCUUCAGCUGAUAGAGCCAAACAGAAAGCCAGGCGCGAAGAUGAAAGUCGCUCUGACGUCAUCGCUUUCUUUUGAAGAGCUGCGGCUGGUGUUUGUGUUUUUUUUUUUCAUUAUCAUUUAAUUGUGGCCUGAUAAACUUAAAAAGCUCAAUUAUGAGUCCUAUCUCCUGAACAUGCUUUUUUAACUCAUAAACACAUUAAGUGGAGAAGUUUCCGCCUCAGGGUCAUUAUUUAUAGGCUCAGUCUCUGUAAACUUUUAUUUCUUAAACUCUUCCUUCUACAGACUCUAGUGAGCAGAGGAGCUUCUCCCUCAUCCAUCACCCUGGCAUCUCCACUGCUCCUCCCACACAUUCUCGGCGUGUCCGUCCGUUUUUCUGAACAACCCUCCAUCUUCUGCUCACAUACAUUCAGCUCCAACAUUAUCUCCCCUCCUUUCCCAUGAAUAAAUUGAAUGCAUCAAUGUGUUUGAGGACACGGCAGAAAAAAAAAAGGUCUCGUCAGACAACCGGGACGACAAGGUGAUUCAGGGGAGUGACAGGAGUUUAGCUCUUGUCGUGACAUGCGAUCUUUGGACUGCGGAAGGCAUGUCAGGGGGAGCUCACACACACACAUCAGGUGGCGCUACUGCUGCUGCUGCUGUUGCUUUUAACGUGGCUGACAGCCAGUAUUAGAUGAGGAGGGCCAUAUACAGUGAUUGCAUUGAUUCCUCAUUUGCAGAAGGUCUCCACCUCCCUGGAGCUCUUUGACAUCCACUGAACAAAGAGCUCUUACUAUUACCUCAUACACUGUGACAGCUGAAGUAAAUACAAACUGACUCUUUAACAGGGAUGUAGAAGAACUGUCGACAUCUGUUUCAGAUACAAAGGAUGUUACAGUUUUAACCGGUGCCCAGUUAUCACAAGAGUCCUUUUUAAAUUCUUUAGAUCUUUGCUCAUUCUUCUUCUAGGUGAUUGUCUGUACAACACAAACAGGGAGUAAUUAGAGCUGAUUCACCGUCACGAAGCACAGUUGCCAAAAUGGAAUAAAUAGGUUAGAGACCAACAGUGGUGAAUACAUUUUCCUCUUUCCUCACUGUGAAGCAAAGAGCUGACAGAUGUUACAGUGUUGCCUUUAUCACAAGAUGUCAUGAGAGCGUAACUUUAAAGCUAAACCAAAAACAGGUAAGCUAUUUUUGGAUCCAUCUCUCAAAGCGUGUGACUGUAGCGAGAGAGCUUCGCUAGAGUUGUCUUAAUUGCGCCUUCUUGCACAGACAAAACCUUGUCUUUACAAGGAAUGAAAGUCAUGCAAGUGAGUAUUAUACCUCUUUUGAAAACUGUCUGUGUUGCACCAUGCAGUUACUGUUUUGUCUUAGGUUACAUUACAGCACUGCAUUAAUUAUGCUCAACCAUGCCAGCUUGAGCUGUAUGCUCUGCCUCCCCCACUAUCCAGUUUUUCAUAGGAAUGCAAUAAAAGGCAGAGUCUAAAGGGAUAGUCCGGCGUGAAAUUAAUUUAGGGUCAAACACACUGUAACACCGAGUUAGACACCCCCUCGAGAAAUGAAUGUUGCAGAUCGCUAGCUUCUCUAGUUAUACCAACUUUAGUAACAACUGCAGCAUAGCAAUAAACAGCGGUCUGAGGAGCCAUAAACAAACCUCAACCAAAACGCCACUCUAUAGCCACAAAUAAUGCUCCGAACAGCACCUAACUUCAUCAACAGUACAUAUAGGGUCCCAGCCAUAGUACUAGCCACCAAACAUCUUUUUAACUUUGCUUAAUUCACAAAAACACAACUCACCUACUCUCUUCCAGCAGCCACUUGUUUGUAGCGAGACCUCAGGCCAAUCCUUUACAGACUCCAGCGGGGUGACGCAGCUCAAGGAAGAACAUUUAUGAUAAUUUCUUGAUCAUUUCCUUGAAGUAAUAAUCACCAUAGUUCUUCUGCUGUAGCGUCUCGGUCUGAUUGUAUUUCCAUGAAGUAAUGAUCAUAAAUGUUCUUCCUUGAGCUGCGUCCCCCUGCUGGAGUCUGUAAUGGACUGGCCCGAGGUCUCGCUACAAACAAACGGCUGCUGGAAGAGAGUGGGUGAGUUGUAUUUAGUCUCUUUACUAAAGAAAUCAGCCAAAGUUAAAGAGAUGUUUGGUGGCUAGUCCUAUGGCUGGGACCCUUUAUGUACUGUUGAUGAAGUUAGGUGCUGUUCUGAGCAUUAUUUGUGGCUAUAGACUGGUGUUUUGGUUGAGGUUUGUUUAUGGCGCCUCAGACCGCUGUGUAUUGCUAUCCUGUGGUCGUUACUAAAGUUGGUAUAACUAGAGAAGCAAGCGAUUUGCAACAUUCAUCUCUCGAGGGGGUGUCUAACUUGGUAUUGCAGUGUUUUUGACCCUAACUUAAUUUUUUUGCUGGAAUAUCCAGCAUAUGCACUACCUCCCCCUGUCAUUAUGAGUGGAGAGAGAGAAAACAAGUGGGGUGACUCGAUAGAUUUCAGAAAGAGAUGCAGGGAGAGAAGUAUAUUUGAGCAAGGCUGUGAGACAAGCCUAAAACAAACAAGCUCCCUCUUCUAAGAAAUGUUGAGACAAAGGGAAACUAACCACCACUGCCGAGCUGUUGACGAGGGACUAAACUCUCUGAGAGCUCAAGGGAACACUCCCAAACUAAAACACAAUGGCCUCUGGGCGUACUUAAAAGACAAACACAGAAGGCUGGCUAAGAAAGAUCCACCCAGCACCAACAAACUCCACAGUAAGAGAAACUAAAAGCGGUGAGCAAACCCUUCAGACAGGUCCGCGGUGCUUCUAUGACUCAUAGAUUCCCAACGCAACAAGGAGAUCACUGAAUGAACAUCUCACUACCUCUGAUGGUGAGGUAAUGAGUCAGCACAGAGCUCUGAAACCCUAGGGUGCGUAAAAGCUUACCACACCUGGUCGUAACCGGGGACGAUUAGGCACACACACCUGACCCUGCACUGAAAUAACCCUCUCAGCAAACGCAUGAGUGAAAGUGUUAAGAAUUAAAGAUACAGAAGUUCAAUCUUUCUGCGUUGUGAAACUCCUUUCUCAUAUUCAUACAUGUAUGAAGUACAAGGUGGUAAUCGCUGCUGGGUAUAAUAAGAGCUAGAAGAGGUACAAUUCUACCAAAUGUCUUCCAGGAAAUCAACUUGAAUGAACAUCUCUCCAGCAGAGCUUAAUGUUGGCCUCAGCAUGAGGUCUCCAUCUGAUAUAGGCCACUUUAGUUUCCUUAAUAAUGAUAAUUUAAGCCAAAAUGGGCAAAGUAGAGGUAAGAAAUCAGGAGUUUGGACCAUGAGGAUUGGUUGCUCCAGCUCUUUGGCUGUGUCCCCCGCUUGCAUGAUGAAUAUCCAAUCAGCACAGUCAAUUUGCUGAGUCAUGCUCGGGUUGCUUUCAAAUACCCUGCGGGUCUGGGGGAAUAAUUAAGGAACACAGUUUCCUGUCCCGUUGAGGUUUAUUCACCUAUUUGUUUAUUUCUUAGCCUCCAUUAAUGUGUGGAGCUGACAGAAAAGUACUCCUUUACUUUAAGGAAUCCCACAUCUGAUUUUUAUGCGGUUGGAAAUGUUUCAAGAAUACAUCCCUAAAGCCUUGUUUCUAGUAAUUGAAAGUAAUAAUCGCAGAAUGUGUUUUGUUUUAAAGAAUCUGAAGGAUGUGGGAGCAUUUUAGGCAGAAAAAAACACUUAUCUUUUCUCGUCUUUAAAGCUCUAUGGAGCUUAUUUCAGCCCCCAAAUAAAAACAUAGAUGUUUAAAUCUCCAGAAACUGUACGAUAAAACUAUACAUCUCUACUUUGUAGCGUUUUCCAUCUCUAGUCUCCUAAUGCUAUUCACUCUUUUGCAUUUCACUGGAACUGUGUUCUCUUGGGUUUGCUGAUGCAUACAAAUAAGUGCACUUUAAAGUUUUGGAGUUGAAAAAGCAAAAGGCGCCUUGCCUGUCGGAAAUGGUUCAAUUACCGGCUCUAAUAGUGGAAUGGAAAAGGAACGAGAGCGUCUGUAUUUUUUUUUUUUUUACUUGGACCCAUUUUUCUGUAAUUUUUGUGCCGUUUUACACACACACAAACACACACAAAGCGCACACUCACUCUCUAUUUUCUUUGUGAUUCAUUGUGCUCCAAAGUUUAGUGGCGAAGCAUUAGCAAUUCUAAUAGAGCGGAGUGCUGUUCUUAGUUUGAUACGAGGGGGGCUUUGCUGAGUGGGAGCAAGUAUCAGAGGCACAGGGACUAGAUGAUAGGAGAACAGGAGGAUAACACUAUCUUAUCUGCGACGGGCGACAAGGUACAUAGAAGAUUUGGAUGCAGAAAAGUACAGGCUGAAAAAAAAAUCACAGCAGGUAAAACUACGUUCAACUGCUUUGUUGUUUCUCUAGUGGAUUCUUGGGAAGUUCUGACUCUCCAGGUAGAGUUAGAUUAAUCCAGACUCAAUCCUCAGGCUGCUUUUGGACUUAUUUUAUAUUCGAUACAGGGAGUUGUUGCUCCUUCGGUUGGUUUUUCUUACCGCACAAACACCACAAAGUUUCACAUCAGCAGCCUUGCAUAAUCUACAGUUUGCCUCUCUUCCUCCAGUUACAGCUGAUACUGUAGUGCUGCAGUGGGUUGGAGCACUAUGAGAGGAAAAGGUGCAGACAGACAGCUUUGAGUGUUUGUGUCGACAUGCAUGCAUGAAAAGAUACUUGUGUAUCUGGGGUUUGCCAUUGUAUCAGUCAGAGUGUGUGAGUGCCCUCCCUACCUUGUCCUGUCUGCUCUGGCCCAGCAGCUGCCACCCCGGGCCAGAUAGGAUGACAUGACCUUGCCCAGUAAUGAAAAGGCACUGACAAAUCGCUGUCUGCUCCUCAUAGGGACCAGAGAGCAGGAGGAAGAGGAGAAAGGGGGAUGCUGACACCCUCUUGUGUGUUUUUUUUUUUCUUCUGACUUUUUCCCUCGGGGGGUUUUGUGAGUGUUGAUAUCUCCAAAAGAGCAAGCCAAGAAUUACAUGGAAAAAGAGAGUCUUUGGGUUACAUCGAGACCAUGAAACGCUGUCUCUUGCUUCUAGAGGCUACGAUAUAUUUGAGAGUGCAUGAAUUCACUACAGGUGUUGUCUAUAAAGCCUUGAUGACAUGGCUCCUGUGAAAGGCCUGCUUCAUAUAAUAGGGUAACCAUUCGUCCUCUUUUUUGGGGUUGUCCGGCUCUGGCCAGGGGGCGUUUUUUUUUUUUUUUUUUUUUUUGUACAAUGUUAGGGGAAAGUCCCAGCUCCUUCUCCUCUGAUUGGCUAGAAAAGCUGGAAAUGUUAUCACCAAUCAAGCCAAACGCGGGCUGUCGGCUCUGUACAUCGAACAGAACAUUACAGAACAUUAUCGCACUUCUGAAUCUCCUAACCCUAACCCUAAAGGUCCUUACACACUGGGGCAGACGCGAAUAUAGAAUGUGAAAUUAUGAAAUAGUCUGAGGCGAAUUUUGACGCGCCUGUCUACACAUCAAGCCUGAUGCAAUUUUGCAACUUUUGCAACUGGGGGAAAAAGACUCAUCCCGGGUGGAAGCAAGAAGACUGACACAAAAGCAGACUGACUGUUUUUCAGCUCUGAUUAGACACUAGUGUUGAGAUGUCUGUCUGUCAUGAUAGCAUGUACUGAGUCGGGGCCAGUACCAGAUAAGCACAUUAAACUAUAAUCCAUAAACUUAAGGUAACAACCGAGACCUAAUGGUGCUGUGACAGCAACGCAAUUGAGUUUGAGACAGUAAAAAUACAUAUGGUAUGUUGUAUCUGAACAGGUUAGCUUACGAGCUAAAGUUACUUAGCACAGAUGAAAGUUAAAACAAAGAUGUUUAGCAAACUGUUAAAGCACACAAACCAUCGUCAUAUGAGAGAUCCGACGCUAUGACUCUCCACAAGUUGUCCUUCAGGUUUUUAUCUUUGUAAUAUUUGUGUCUUCUAUCAAAAAUCACUCUGUUCUCUGAUACGUAAACAAUCAGCCGGUCGGCCAUGUUGGAUAUACCAGUGAAUCAGACGUUGCAACAACACGCAAUCUGAUUGGUCAGAAGUGGACAUGCAAAACUUUAGAAAAAUCGACCAUGAUCCAGAAAAAUAAAUGCUGCAGUAUCGCAGGAUGGGAAAAUGUUGCUGAUGUGAACGCUUGUAUUGCCAGGGUACAGGUUUGAAAAACAAUAUUGAUGUCCGAAAAAAUCGCGCGAAAAAAACGGUCCCUGUGUGUAAGGAUGUUAACCUGACAGACGAUGACAUUUCACAGCUAUAAGGAAUAACCAAUUGGAGCCCAGCACUUUUAGCCAAUCAUAGGCGAAGGAGGGCGGGACCUUCCCCUACCAUCCUACAAAAAAAGUUGACAUCCAGGGGAGUUUAUAAACCUAAAAUGUCAAGGGUUUUGUGUGAAAGUUUUUGAUUUCGCAUCGCACUCAAUCUAACCUGAAAAACUCUCAAAAUUAACUACGUGUGACUCUGUGACUCCACCCCUGUGUUUUCAUGUCCUCUGCAUAUAUGGUUAAUAGGGUUGUGCAAAGGAAAUGCAUGGUCUCCGGUGAGAGUCUUUCCUGGCCCAUCACUGGCUACACAGGGAGUACCAAAAUAUUGUCCAUUGCACUAAGAGGCAAUGACAGAUGAUGGCCAAUGGGAUCCUGAAAUGGCAAGUGAAUGAAUCAUCCUCAGGUGUGGUCUGUUUAGCCUUGAUGACUUGGCUCCUCUCAAAGACUGCCUUUUGAUUUGAAUUUAGUGGAUUCUGGCAACAGAAACAAACAUGGCAUUUGCCAAAUGGCAAAAUGGAGGCUUCAGAAAAGGCAGUCAACAAACCAAUGGGUGAUGUCCAAGGAAGCAACAUCUUUUAUUUAUAAAGCCUAUGGACAAACAUUGCUGUUUAUGACAGAGGAGAUGUCUGCUCUGGGCUUCCUGCCUCCUUUUCAGCCCAAAUUGGCCUUACUUGAGGGGAGGGAUUGUCUUGGCAGAGAUGUGAAAAGGAUAUGCCUGGUUGCGCAUCAGUCGUUUCAGCAAUCAAUUAAGUACAACAUGGAGGGGAGAGACAGUGUCCCUGUUUCUUUAACCUGCAGUGCAUGGACUGAGCUGCAUUUAAAAGCCUAAGCUGGAGCCUUAUCUCAUUUUUCUUUAUUCCAGUGAGGGGUGGAAGGAAAGAUUGGUGGACAGAGGUGUGUGUAUAUCUGUGUGUGUGUGUGUGUGUGUUUGUAUGACUCACCUGUAAGACUACCUCUGUUUUGGUCUCAUCCUCACUCCCACAUCAGCCCCUCUGUGUCUUCCUCCUGCAAGCUGUUCCCUUACCUCACACAGUAACGGAAAAAAGCAGUUUUUUUCCCCUCUCCCUGUCUUUCUUUACUUCUGCAUCACUUCCCUCCAACACGCAUUUUCUGUUUCUAACUAGACUUCUCCCCCUUCGUGACUCUCUGUGACACGCAUUCGCGAAGCCACUUGACAUUGAUUGCCAGGCUGACUGGGUCAUGUUUUAUAUUCUGUUGCGUGGUUAGGUUGGCAGCGCGACUCACGGUCUGAGCCCUGACUCCCUUUGGUGGCAGCGUGACUGGAACACACAGAUGAAAAGAUUCAUGUGUGUUUGCUUUGCUGAAUGAUCUGCAGAAGUAUGCCAAACUCAGGGAAUUUUAAUUUCCAAUUCAGAUUUGAUUAACUUCAUUGACGACAUCCACUCAUCUGUCUUCAAAGGAUAGUUGUGCCUGAGCUGGACUUGAUCAGUGUUGUUUUAGAUUUUGAACCUUCUGAAAUAUUUAUCAGUGGCUACUUCCACCUUGUUCAGUGCAUGAUCAGCAGCCUGCCAGCCACUUUAUCCUCAACCUACCUUGCUGAGCACAUCUCCAAAACAGCAUCCUAAUAUAUUAUUAAUGGUCUCAUAGUCGGAGAGAACAGCCCUCCACCCACAUGUAUCCAUUACCCCAUUUGCGGUGCAGUUAACCAAUAUGAACUGCAGAGCAAAUUGGUCCAAUUAAUUAAAUUUAAGAUAGAGGGAGAGAAGGGAUAAGCCUGAGAUGAGGUUGUAAGGUUUAUUUCCUAUUACAUCUGAAACUCCUGUAUAAAUUAAGGUUAUUUCGUCUUAUAUAAGAACCACCUACAUCAGCCAGAGGGGUUUAAAAGAUUAUUUCCUCUACAUUAAGAAGACCGAGAUUAUUUUUGUCAUCACAUUAAGACAUCAGCAUGGACAGUAACCAAGCAACAGUUUUAUCUUGAAUAUAUUAUCCGAGAAAAACAAGAUUUAUUCUUUUAUUAUGUAAGAUAAGGUGAAAUUAAACGGAUUCACUUCCAAAAAGCUUCACUGACUCUAUCCCCUUCUUUUUUUUUUUUCUUCCCCCCACAGGAAGCAGCCUGUCAAUGACUUUCAUCCCUCGAGCACAGACCUUCCCCAGCUUUUUGUCUGAUGAGCCAGAACAGGAGGAGAGCCAGCACCAGGAAGAGACACCAUCGCCCUCUAGUGGCUGUGAAACCAGUUGCAGCCUGAGACCCGUUCAAUGACAGAGAACUGCUCCCCUCAAACUGGACACUUUGCCCUCUACUGUAGAAAGGAUGUAGAAAUAUGUAUAGUGACAUGUGUAAUAUAUCAUCACCUGGUGUCAACUGUAGAGCGAGUGGAACAUCAAAAGGAUCCUGAAAAGUCCUUUUUUUUGGAUGUCGUGCAAAAGCAGCAGUAGCUUCAGAUAUUGCACCAAAAAUCCAGUAAGAGUAGUUGAAAUGAUUUUUUUUUUUUGUCAUUUUUUUGUUGAAGCCAGCAGAUUUUUAUUUUUAAUCCCCACACUGUACCUUACAAGACAUUUUACGUAAUAACACCCCGAGUUCUUCUCUUUAAAAAAAUGUCAAAAAACACUUUCUUUCCCUCUCAAAAUGGAUGAAUCUAAUCAGGCUCAUUCCCGGUUUGCUGCCUCAGCAGCCAUGUCCACAGAAAUUUCAACUCCCUUUUUUUGACAUUACUGCACUUUGCCGUCUCUCAAGAAUGUGAAAUUGAUCAAUCCCUUCAACAGAAAUGCUCAACAUUGAUGUCAGUGAUGAAUCAGCAAAAACCCCGAAAGGUUACAGCCACUAAAAUGAAAAAAAAAAGUGACGGCAAUAUGCUUAAAGGAUAUAAGAUUUGACAGUUGAGUCAAAUAUGUGAAAUCCUUUACUCUAAACUGCCAACCCUACAUUAAACUAGCAGAGCAAUUCAGAUGGAAAAGCCUCUCAGCUCUUCUACAGCCUCAUAUACAUUAUUUAUAAUUCCAGCAAAAGGAGCAGGAGAGAUGUUGGCGAGUUAAACGAGGCGUAAAGAAACAAUGGCAUCCGAGGACUACAAGAGUUUUGUCACUAACUAUAAAAUCUUAAUUUUUGUCAAGCUGGUGUAAAGAUUGUCUUCAAAUAUAGUCAAAUUUGGGUAAACAAAAAAAGGCUAAAUAAAGCCUAGCUUGUUUUUUCAGUAGCUAACAAAAUCUGACUUCCAGCACCUUUAGAGGCAGAACUUGUUGCUUUUACAGUUUUGCGCACUUACAAAUACAGUAAACAGUGUCAAAUUGUGGACUUGAUUAGCUCUGCCUGAAUCCUCGCUGAGGUUGUCAACCUAGCUAGCUGGCUGUUAGCACUAGCUGUCUUUGCAGAUAUGAGAUGAAUCAACUCUUGUUAGGAACAAAAAGCUGACAGUUACAUUAAAAAUAAAAACCGAUUAUCAGCCCACAAAACCUGAAUAAUAACAACAGACUCUGCAGCCUGACAGCUGACUUUUGAAGUCGCAAACAUAGACUGUAUAUAAAAUGGACGCCGUCUGCCUCCUUGCUUGGUGAAGCCUCCCUGAAAACAGCGCCCUCUGUUGAUGGGCUGCAUAUAAAUCCCGCCUCCGCCAGCAAAGCUGAUGGGGUUGUGGACAUGUGUCAAAAUAACUUUGAUUGACACCUGAUGCAGCCUAUUGGCGUUCAGGGAUUGCGUAGCUCACCCGGGGGAUACGCUGUUUGAGCCGAGCGUCAUCACAGCGACUCUCGGACUCUCCCGCCGAAUGUAUACAACGUACUACGCAGCGCUGGUUUCAGGAAAUGAAGAAAAAUUCCGGAAAUACCGAGAGCUUUUGGGCUUCAAAUCAGGCGAGAGGCGGAACCAAGUUGUCCAUAAUAUAUACAGUCUAGGGUCACAAAUAUCAGUCUAAACAACACAAACUCGACAAAAUCAGCGGAAACCCUCGAAAUAUUUCAGCGAAUAAUUUCUGUAGCAUGUGUGUCAUUUGAAUACGUGACUGCUAAGAUGAUAAUGUUCUCCAUAUUGACCUCCUCCAGUAAGAAGUGCCUUUUAACACAGACCGCUGACUAACCCAGAACAUCCCCACCUAUAGGCUCUGAGUUUACACACCGACAGUCUUGAGUUCCUGUAGACCUAGCUGUGAAAACGCCGCGUCACUUCCUGAAGUAUUUCCGACCCCUACCUGAGCAGAGCUCUUUAAGUCAGCUGAGAAAAAACACUUGUUGCCUGUCGGUGGCUGUCAACACGUCCUCAAGUAUUUGUGGUCUAAGUAGUUGUGCUUUUUGUUUUGAGAGGAAGGACACAGAUCUCACAAAUCGAGACUUCACAACAUCAAAACAAAAAUGAAAAAGGACUCAAAUGACAAUCAGUUUGAGGCAGCAAAUCACUUCUUUAGUGUUCUUUUCUUACCUUAAUGGGCUUUUUUGUUUUUAUUAUUUAGAAAUAGACUCCUGUAAAGCUCAGUAUUCAAGUACAUGCACUUCUUUCGUGGUAGACUUAAAGUUCGCAGUUUGUCACUUUAUUUUAUGUGCUAUAUUUAAAAGAGCUCUGUGUUCAUUUGAGUCUCAAACAAAGUGCCCAUCUUGAGCUGCAUUUGCGCCGCAGAGCCUGUAGAAAUAUGGUUGUCUCACAUCAGGCCACAUUUCUGCUCGAGUAGUACUGUCUUAGCUCAAAUGUGAUGAAUAUAUGUCUGUACACUGGUGACGACAUCUGGACCGUCAGAGCCGACACAAACUGAGACAGCUGGAAAAAGUUCUGGAAAAGUGUGUUUAUGGUUUCGUUGUCUAAAGACUGUUGCCACAUGAUUGUAUAUGUGCGUCCCCUGCGUUUGUGUUCUGUUACCGUCGAGUUAUAUGUUAUCAGCACUUUGAAUACAUCGAGGGUAGGACUACAGUUUUCACUAAAUGUACAUAUGUAAUGUUUUUGAUGAUAAAGGGUAAUAAAUUGAAUGUUCUAUCAUGAGUCAGCUUUUUUUUUUAAGGCAGCGGGAAAUAUUUCGGGGAGAAAUCACUGACUUUUCAUGAAUUAUUUGUUUGAUUUGUUGUGAAAUGUGCUUCUCAGCAGAUGAAGUUCACCCGAAGGAGCCUCUUACGCAGUUUUUACUAGGCUGUAAAGUGAAAGAAUUACAAACAGUGGUGUUAAUAGAAAACUGUGCACUGGGCUUACUUCUUGGAACUUUCCAGAGCAUGCACCAGCUGUUAGGAUACUAACUUACACCACAAAAUGUUACUUUAUCACCAGGCUCUUGUAAAAGUUAAAAGCAAAACACGAGUUAAUGUUAAGAUCACAUCAGUAAAUAAUGCUUCUUUCAGUUUAGCUUCCAGACAUCACACUCCCACCUCAAAGGAAACAACAAGUUCACAGUUACGACACGGUUUUAUUGGUACCAUUUGGAGUCAUUUACAGUCACACACAUCAGAUUCAGUAUUGCUGGUCACCCACACAGUACCGCAGACUUCACAGUCACAAAUACACUCGCAGCUUGUUCUGUUUUUCCAGGAACAGCGAGUUGAGAAAAUGAAAGCAAAUAAAAGGUGUGUUUCCAAACUAUAUUGUCCCUUCUUGUUCCACAUUUCUAACUUGUCCACAUUUGUCUCGUUCUCUAGCAGGAUAGCCUGCAUAUCCAUUACUGCCUCUGCCACUGCCUCCAUUUCUAUGGAGAUAAAUGAAUCAGAUUACACAUAAACAACACACAGCUCAGGAGGUACAGCUAUAAACCUGCAAAUACUGAUUUAUAAGAGCAUAAAGGCGGGCACAGAAAUCAUUCACAAGGAUAAAUAAAACUCUAGCAUUUGACAGAUUAUAAAAUUGUAUUACAGAGCGCAAUAAGAAGAAAAAAUGUAUCAAUGAACGAGACAAAGUAAAAGCAGUCAUAUAAACCAAAGCACAGGAUUAGCUAAUUAGAGUGGCUUUCAUAAUAAGAGCGUGCUGUAACUAGAAUGCAGUCAUCCUAGACAGAGAGGCCUUUGGGGGAAAGAAAAAGUCUCAAGUGAUGGUGCAGUGCUGAAUGAAUGCUUUUCUCUGCUGUUAGAUGAUUAGACACCAUUGUCAGGCUUUGAAUGGAAACCAGGAGGGAUGAAAGUAAAAAGAGAGUAAUUACACAGGGUUUUGUCAAUCGUUUUACUCAGGGGUUGGAGGAAGUGAUAGGAAUGAUUAUCCAGGCCUUUGUCUGCUGUUUCUGCAUGGCGGUGACUGUCAAGGAUAGGUUUGCUUAUAACAAAUGUUUCCUCAGCCGUAAUUAUGAAAUAAAUCCUACUCUUAAUUAGUGGGACCAGACAGAGUUGACUUUAACAAACCUGUCAGCUUCAUCUUGCUGGAUGAUAUUAAUGAGUGUCACUCUGCUGCCUACUCUCCUUCACAAAUCCAACUAAAUAAAUAUGAUUGUAACACUUUAUUUGACGCCUGUCGCUAUAACACAUCAUGGAUAUAUUUAUAAUGCGUUAUAAUGACGUUAUAGUACUCUAUAACUAUAGUUACAAACACUCAUAAAUUAUCAUAAUGCUUUAUAGCAAUAAUUAUAACAUAUUAUAAAGCAUUUUAUCAUGACUUACAAGGUCAGGUAUUAUAAUGUGUUAUAACUGUUAACAACAGUUUUAUUGCCUUAUCAAUAACACUUUACUUUACGCUUCUCUAUAGCGCAUUAUAAACUUAUGUAUAAAGCAUUAUAGUCACGUUAUAGCUCUACAUAACUAUAGUUAUAAACAGUCAUAAAUGAUCAUAAUGCUUUAUAGCAAUUAUUAUAACACAUAGCCAGAGCCUUAUGAUAAUUAAUGAGUGUUUAUAAUGAUAGUUAUACAAGCUUAUAAGCAAAUUAUAACACAUCAUAAAUAUAUGUGCAUUAUCUAUGUGGGCAGUGAAUUGGUAACAGUUAUUACACAUUACAACACCUGACCUUGUAAAUCAUGAUAACAUGCUUUAUAAUUUGUUAUAACUGUUAUAACUUAAUGUGUUAUGACUGUUAACAACUCACUGACAAUGCUCGCAUAGAUAAUGCAAUAUACAUAUAUUUAUGAUGUUAUAAUUUGCUUAUAAACUUGUAUAACUAUUAUUAUAAACACUCAUUAAUUAUCAUUAGACCCUAUAACAAUAAGCAUAACACAUUAUAAUACCUGCCCUGGUAAAUCAUGAUAAAAUGCUUAAAAUAUGUUAUAAUUAUUGCUAUAAAGCAUUAUAGUCAUUUAUGAGUGUUUAUAACUAUAGUUAUGUAGUGCUAUAACAUGGUUAUAACGCAUUAUACAUAAGUUUAUAAUGUGCUAUAGAGAUAGGCGUCAAGUGAAGCGUUACUGCAUUAUCUAUGUGGGCAUUGUCAGUGAGUUGUUAACAGUUAUAACACAUUAUAACACCUGACCUUGUAAGUCAUGAUAAAAUGCUUUAUCAUGUGUAAUGAUUAUUGCUAUAAAGCGUGUGUUCAUAACUAUAGUUAUACAGUGCUAUAAAGUGAUUAUAUCGCAUUAUACUAUAUUCAUAAUGCAUUGUAGGGAUAGGCAUCAGAUAAAUUGUUACCAAUAUGGUCAGUGCUUUAAAUAUAUUCAUUUUAAUUAUUUACACAUGAGAACCCCCACAGCACUAAAAUCCACACAGUUUGUCAUAUUUACUCCUGUCUGCUCAUUUAUGGUGGGGCUUUUGUUUGGUUUUGUGUGACCUCACAGUUUGAAGGUUAGCGUAUACCGGACAGUUUCUUUGCUGCUUGGACCGCUUUGCAUGCCUGGGAUACACAGGGAAGUUUUCAUAGAAGUUUUGCUGUGAAUAUGUAGUAGAUUGGGUUAGUAUAUGAGGUGUUAGACACAUUCAUGAUCAAAAAGUCUCUGUAAAUGGUCUUAAAAUUGUACAUCCUGAUGACAAAUCAAACGUUAUUACACCAUUAGUUACAGUAUUAGUUGAGUUAAAUAAGCACGCAUGCACGCAGCUGUUACAUGAUGUUUAAAUUCAGAUUAGUGACUGCAUGUGUAUUAAUAAAGAGGGACAGUUUUAUAACUCAGAGCAUGUCUGAAGAGAAGGUAAGGUAGAGCCUUAAAGGUGUCAAGUGAAAAAAUCAGAGUGGAAAUGAUAACUAAGGUGAGGCUCACCUGACUCUGAGACGGGUGCAGUUUGACUCUGUACUCCUCCCUCCUGUUCCUCUUCCUGUGGUGAUUAUGGGACAAAUACAAAUAAACAAAAACAGAGAGUACUUUUUUCUUGUUUUGAGGUAAAUUUGAAUGCAACUUCACAAUUUUCUAUCAUUUCUAAUCUGGACAAGGGCAGGAUAGGAAAUAGAAGGGCAAGCACAUCUUUGGUUGAAAUCAGAAUAUAUCAGAACAUAUGCAACAAGUGCACAACUUAGAAAAAUUCAAAGACCUCAAAUUCUGAAACUGAAAAGAUAUUUGUUUUAUGAAAAACAAAUAUACUUCAGUAUCAGCAACACAUUUCCAAACAGUUUGGAGAGGGACUCCAAAAUACUGAAAAAGUUAUCCCAAUAAUAAGAUCGAUUAGCAACAAAUCAGUGACAAUACUGGGUGUAGAAAUCAUGGACACCGCAGCCUCUGCUCUCAGGAGGAGAGGGACGAUCUGACUUUCUCUGAGUGUACAUUUAUAGGGAUGCAUAAGUGAUCAUGGUGUGAGUAACACCAUUAGAUCAGCUAAGGAUAGGGGUUUAUUCAGGUUUUAGAGCAACAUCCAGAUGAUGCCAUUUUUAAGACAGACUACAAAUUUUAAGAGACAAUGUCAAACAACAUUCUGCACAGAUUACAGUAGCCUGACUCUGAAGUAGAAGAGUCCUGGUACUGAAGUGGUCUGUCAGCAGUCAUGGCUUGACACCAAGUCAGAAAUAAAGACAUUUGGUGCAUCACAUUUGUUACAGGGAGUCGUGCUGCUCAGAUUCAUGUUAGAUUGUCCCCAACUUUGACGGCUUUUAAAUCGCGCCUGAAAACUUAUUUUCACUCCUUGGCUUUUAACCCAGCAUAAGAGUUGUGUGAUCUGUCUCUGUCUGUUCUUUUAUUUAUUUUUUAUUUUCUCUUUUGUUCUUACAGUUUUUUUUAUUUUAUUUCCUCAUCGUUAAAGUUUAAAGUGCUUUUAUGUGGUUUUAUUAUGAUUCUUUUCUGUGUGUUUUAACUUAAUUAAAUGCACUGUGUAGCACUUUGCUAAACUUAAUUGUUUCUUGAAAUGUGCUGUAUAAAUAAAGUGGAUUGGGGUGGGAUUGGAGAUUUUUCAAAACUAUUUUUUUCCUUUUAUAAAACAAAGUGUUUCCAUUUCCGUACCAGAUUAGCUGUCUUUGCAUCACUUCCAAAUACGUCUCAGAUUGAAGUGAUUUGCAAAGCACUAAAUUCUCCUUUUAUUAACAUUUUUCACUGUGUCCCAACUCUUUUGGAAAUGUGGUUAUAUAUAAGAUGAGACUAAGAGUGUGGGAUCUUACCUGUGUCUCAAUGCAAGUAGGAGGAUAAUGAUGAAGAGAAUAAACCCUGCAGAUCCUGCCCCGAUGUAAAUGUAGAUCAUGUACAAAGACAGGCUGAACACAUCUGAUUGGAAAACAGAAACACAAGUCAGACCAGAAAACGCUGUGGUUCGACUUGUUUGUGGUAAUUGACACAUGGGUCUUGGAGUUCUCAAAGAUCUGUAAUAACAGAACUGUGAGACACGACAGGAUGUGGUUUUAGCUGAGUCUGCGGCAAUCAACUUAUUGUUACAGGGAUUUUAAAAAAAAAUCAGAUUCAUAACGAUACUUACAUAAUAGUAGCCAUUUCAUAGAAUAAUAUAGUUAGAAGACUGUGUCCAUGUGUUUGAGGUCAGUUUUUGUACCUUGAGGGGGCACUGUGAGCCGUACAGUGGUGGUCUGCACUCCUGCAUCUGUGCUGAAGGUACAGCGGUAGAACCCACCAUCCUCUGGCUCCACAUCUGUCAGAUGUAGACGGACGUCCAGGCUGUCUUCACAGUUUACCCUCCCUCUGUCGCUGUAGUCUUCACCCACCAGGCCCCCCUCUACCUUCUUACACACUCCUAUGAUACUCCAGGGCAGGCCGUGUGGCAUCUUCUCCAAAAUGACCUGGUAGACGCUGCCGUUGUGCACAUGGUUGCAGUUGAUGGUCAGGUUGCUGUUUUGCUCUGCUAUCAUCUCGUUGUCUAUUUUGAUCUCCUCUGGGGCGGGCGGCUCUGUGCUAUCGUCUUCCUCUGGGGGAGUAUCUGUGGAAAACAAAGAAAUCAAAGCACAAUGAAUGAGUUUAAUUUGAUGAUUCAUAAUUCAAGAUUGCUUAAAAUUUCCCUCAUGCUACUCCCUCGGAAAAUUGGUUACCUAAAUCUUCCACCUGGAUGUUCCUGGUCCAUGGGCCUUGAGGGAAAGUCUGAACAGAACAGUGAUAAAGUCCGAUAUCCUGGUGGGUGACGUUCCUCAAAGAUAUACUUCCAUCCAUAGGGGUUGUCCUCAGGAACUCUAUCCUCUCGCGGUAAGGGUGAGAAAAAGCAAAACCAUACUCAGGAUGGAAAACUGCUAUGGGAUUCUUGUCUGGUAAUUUAGUCCAGGACACCAUGCUGAGGUUGCCGUUCCAGGGGCACAAACAGCCGAGGAUCAUGCCCUCCUCAAGACGGACUGUGGUGGCAUCUUUUUGCUGGACAGCGACUGUAAAAAAAAACAUCUUUGUGUUUAUUUAACUCCUCAUAAUCUUCACAAAAAAGGCAUACAUUUUGACCUCAAUGAAAGGAGCAACAGAUGGAAAUUCAAAUCAAGAUGCUAGAAAUAAAAUUGCAAACAAAAAAUGUAGAAUUGCAUCUGACUAACUCUGAAUACUUGUUAUUUAAAAGUUCAGAGACAAACUUCUGAAAAACAUAUUUACACCCAUGCAGUCUGGCAAAUGAAGGACCCUGUUUUCUCCCUCCUAAAUCUCCUCUAGUUGAAGAUUAACACAGCCAUUCACAGCUGAGGCUAUCCCUCGGGUAAUGCUAAUUAGGCUAAUUCGAGCCAGUACACAUAACCACAACUGACAAUAGUUGGUGAUCAAGCUUCCAAGUUUUCGAAGGCUUUUAUCUGAGCUGAAUGACAACCGAUUUCAAGUCCACCAAAGCCUCUGGGAGAGCUCUGGCAGGUUCAGAAUAAUAAUGUCUGUGAAGAACAAGCCUUUCCUUCAACUUUCAAACCAAUUCAAUAAAAAGAAAUAACAAAUAAUGACUAGAAAUGUAUAAACAGACAAAACACUUUCAAAUCAUUUGCUGAUCUUUUUCUGGGUAUCCAUACAGAAAUCUGCCUCUUAUAUGGAGCUACACAUACAGCCAUUUCAGAAAUAUUAUCAAAUAAAAGCUGAGGAAUAAAAAAAAAAACAAUCUCCUUACCUUUAAGAAAAGGAAGAAAGAUAAGUACCACGAAGUACCAGUGGUCCUUUUGUACAGCUUCCAUCUUGCCCCCCGAGGGAGAAUGAAAGCAGAAGUGAUGAGAGAAGUAGAGAGGCACCCAGGCUGCACUUCCUGCUAGCUCUCUGGCUACAGAGAAACACUUGAGCUAGUGGGGGGCACACUUCAUGGUUAGCCCACUGUUAGCUCAUCCCACACAGAGGGGCACUUUAUCAGCAGGGCUGGGAAUGGGAGGCAAGCUUAUUGUAUAACACUUAGAGGUGGGGUCCAUGCUGAGAUUGAUUUAAACUGCAGGCAGCACACUCAGCUACUUAAUGAUCAUUUCAAUGCUUCAUUUUUGAGGCGCAUUUCUUCAAGUAAAAUCACAAUUCAAGGAAGUUGAAGACGCUAUCACUGAGGCCACAUUCACAUUCUGUACAGUCUAUGGAAUUAGCUCAAAAGUCAUGGUUUGGUAUGAGAUCAUGGUCCCCAGAGGAUGAACCAGGCUGACCCUGGGGUUCCUCUAAACAGCAGUUCUGAGGUUCUUUUUCAGGACGUGGAGUGUUAAGAGUGUAAAUUAGUGGAGUCUUCCUUUACACUCUAACACUCCAUUCUUGAUUAUAAUGAUGUAUAUUUUUAUUUAACAAGUCAUUAUGGACAAAAUACCGGACUACCUUUCCUCUCAUUUAAUUAUGUAGGAUGGAAUUCAUGACCAUCGUUGGAUAUUGUGCAAUUUGGUGUCCCAAAGUUAACCCUUUAAUGCCUGAAACCACAAAUUAUGGUCAGAAAAUUCAAUUUUUUGGGAGCUAAAAAUUUUUAUUUUACUUAUUACUGAAAACCAAAAUGUCCUUAAAAUUUAACAAAUAUAUAUUUCUCAUUUGAUACAUUAGAUGUUUUUGGAAACUGAUAAACCACAAGGACAUUUUUAUCAUUUAUCAGACUGUAUUCAGGUGUUUCUUUUAGUAAUUUUUAUACAAGUAUCAUACAAGUAUGUAUCAAUUAUGAUACAAAAGGCAUUAAAGGGUUAAAUAACGACUCUAGAAGUGCUACAGGUGCAGCUCUCUGAGUAGACUGUUUUCAUGUUUCUGAGUCGUAUCUUGGUUAUCACAGUCAAACCCAAAGUGGUAUGGUGCCAAGAGCAGCCAAACAUCCCCUCAACCACAACACCUGUUUAAAGCCACAAAACCAGAGAGGGUGACUAAAAGAGGUCGAUUUGUUUAAGUGAAGUCCCACCAUACAAAUAUCUGACACAUAGUUCUUUAUUAUUAUUAAAACUAAUUAAUUUAAGGUACAAAUAAAGCACGAUUUAAGUAAACAAAACAUUUAAAAAUCACUUAAUGAGCAGCUGGGACAGAUUUUCCAGGCACUUCAACAGGUAGGUAUUGGUAGGCUCCUGCUUGUUUUCUUCAUCUGCUGUUGAAAACAAAACACACCACUGUAAACAACAGUACACACAAAUCUGCGCGUUGGGAUUCAGCGCAAGGACAGGCGCUGAUGUGUCUUUAUCAAAGUGAAUAAAUGCAAACCUUUCUUGGAGAUGCUACGUGCCGCCUCGAUUCUCAACCUGACAGAGGGACACUUCAAAGUCGUCUUGGCCUUUGAUGGGAAAUUAGAAAGACAGAUUAGGAAGAUGGGGUUGAAAGCGGGCGAGUGUUUCAGUUCACAACCAGGAAAAAGGAAAGGUUAGUCAUCCGUUUAUGAUGAGAAACAAACAUUACCCUCUGAUUGUUGUGGAGCAAAGCCCAAAGUGCAGAAGCUCCCAUACAGCAGGUUUCCGUGUCUUUACUGUCCAAACAGCUCAGUAACACUUUCAUGGCUUUGCCUGAAAAAAACAACAUAAAAAGUGACAUAAACAACUUGCUUUUAAAUAAGUAAAAUGUGUCUCUUUAUUUCACAAUGUAGGAAAUAAUCUUUUAAGAAAGACAGUCUUAACGAAGAUCCACUAAAACCACAAUCCACAUUAUUUUUGUUCCUAUUUCAGUCAAACUAGUUUCAAUUCCUUUAUCAGCUCUAUGGAAAGUUUGAAAACAAUCAUAUCACAAACAUCAAUGUCAUGCUGUCACAACAUAUACAGGAAAUCGGAUAUUUCCACAGGAAACCAUAAGUUCUGUCGCUUCACACCCACCUAGUGUCACAGCACCCACCUGCAGCCUGAGCUGUGAGAGGGGGCCGCAAUCUGCUACUUCCUUUCUUCACUCCAUCUACAUAUCUUAGAAACCUUUAACAGCCGACAUGCAUCCGAAGAAUGAUACUCGGCAUUUACUUGUAUUCAUGCGUGCAUCCUGUUGCAUUUAUUUUCUCAACCACCAGAUCAUUAUUAUCUAUUAUACCCUGAUAAAAGUAUCCUUUAACUAUUUGUUCAUUAGCUCUCACAGGUGGUGUUUGAUACAUACAUCUGAAGCUGACAAUGUAUUCAUGCAGCAAGGAUACGUUCUAUAAAUAUUACCGUUUUUUUCUUGUUUUUUUUCCUGUUCAAACACUUAAAAUCCACACGUGACAAACAAUUAAACUCUUGCUUUUCCUGCGUACCGUUGGCAAGAACAUGUGGCUUGUUGGCAGAGCAGAAGCAGAGGUUAUGAAGGGUGAGCAGAGCGUGGUGCCAUUGCGGUGCCAGGUCUGCCAGCAGCUCCAGGGCUCCGGUCACCCUAAGGAUACUCUGCUGGCCGUCCUCCGCGAACGAGACGUUCACCAGCAGCCUUAACCACAGGCCCAGCAGGCUCCCACUGCUGCAGCUCACAGAUGCGGCCCUCACACCGCCUCCCUUAGGCAUCGGCACCGACAGGAAUGCUUGGAGGAAGUUAUUCUGAAAAUGACAAGACAUGAAGGAGUUAACGUCGGGGUUUGAGAGACUUGUGAACGGAUAAUUAGGAGCAGGUCCAAAGUUUAGAAAAAGAUUUCCCAGCAUGAGUGUGAGGGUGAGAUUUUGGACAGCUUCAGUGCAACAGAAGCUGAUGUCAUAAAUAACUAACACCGUGUAUCUCUUUUUUCAGUCUGUAACACUGCAAAUCUCACUUCAGUUUGAUCUGUUAAGCUCGUGACUUUGAUUUUCUGAGCCAAUUUAACUUUGAGGAAAACCACUGAACCUGAGUGGUUUAUAAAUACAAUUAUUGAAGUAGCACCUUCUCAUAAAAACUGUUCACUUGGCUAUUUAUUGAUAUGUUGUGUUACCUUUUGCAGGAGGCCCCUGCAGUCUCUGGACAUGGCGAGGUUAGCCAGCAGAGAGAAAGCCAGCUUCUGGACCUGACUGUUAUCUGGGGCAACCCCUGAGGCCAGCUUCAUGAUGCAGUGCAUUAGAGAGUUGCUCAGGGUGCCUUUAGAGCCCGGUGCAGCACCUGGACCACCGCUGCAGAGGGAACUACACGCUGAAAAGAAGGAGAUAAAACCAGAGUUAGGGCUGGGCGAUAAAUAGAUAAUAUAUGUUGAAAAUUAGUUUCCCUCAAUAUCAAUUAGGGCCCAACAGAUUUAUCGGCGAGCUGAUUAAAUUGGCCAGUUUUAGCCCGACUAAUUGGUAAUUGGCCAAAACUCACAGAUUUUCGCAGAUAUUUUCAGAAACAAAAUGUGGAGAAUAAGAUUCGGUUUCACUUUGAAAAUGUUCCGCCAUUUGAAAAGUACCCUGACUUAUCCUGUAGAUGGCGCAGUGACCACAUGAAAAUCUUCAUCCACUAACUACCUCACAGCGCAGCAGAGUGACGGAUCUGAAGCAGGCAGCUCAGGGACGCACGGAAGACAUCGUCGACAACACUGGCACGAAAACAUUGGUGGUUUGGAGGUAUUUUUCUUUUUUAAGGACGGACAUGAAGCAGUGUAAUGUGCAUUGCAAAUUAUGUCGACUACAUGUUCUCACAAAGUCAGGGACUACCUCAAAUAUUUUUCACCACCUGAAGCAGUGCUACGCAGCAGAGCAUGCGCAAUUUAAAAGGUUACAAACCCAGAGUCGCGCAAGGAGCCCAUGGCGCCUGUGCAGCUAAAACAGCUGACCAUUCAGUCCACUUUCUCUAGCGCAACGCCUUACGUCAAAAAGUCAGAGACACAAAGACCUCACAGAUGCAGUAGCUUAUUGUAUUGCGAAAAACAUGCUCCCAAUAAGCACUUUAAAAUUUCAUUUUUUAUAUUGUGAUAUUUAUCAAUAUCCACUGACAUGAAAAAAAAAUCUGUGAUGAACUUUUUCCCAUAUCACCCAGCCCUACCAGAGACAUUUGAACAACACAUUUCCUAUGAUUGAUCACAUUCAGGGCAGCAAAGUUAGCUCAGGAUUCACCGAGUUUUAGCUCUACAGCUCUGCAUUCGGACACUGCUAACAGCUCUAAAGUCCAACACUAAAACAGUACAACACUCAGCAAAAUGCUCUCUUCUUGUUGCUUUUGGAGCUGCCUGCUUCUUUCUGUUUACCACACAGUUAACUAGCUUUGCAGCCAGGAGCCACAAAAAAAAAAAAAAGACUUGACCUGCUGGGCUGCACGGCUGUCUGCACACAGUACUCAAACAUCUACGCACGGCUUGUUUCGCUGAACAAGCUGUCUCGCCGAACGACAGAUAUGAUGAAGAAGAGCAGACGUCUCGCACACAGACAGGACAAACUGCACCUUAAAGACGGAGCUGCCACGCUUCUUUAUAGAGUGUUCAAAAUGUGUUUGGAGGCAGCAGCAGCAGCAGAGGCCUCACAUGUGGAGUCAGAUAGCUUUGGAAAAGAUGUUUUAUCUUUUGACUGUCUUUUAAUUAUCAUUCACUCUGACAGCUCUGACUAAUGAUGAAAACAAGCGUUUCUUUACUCUUGGAAGGAGAGACAUUAUUUAGCCCGGGGCGAUAGUUGCAAUUUAUUCAACUUCAACAUCAUUCAGGAACGUAAACACAGAUUUAUAACGCACAAAUAAGAGAGGCCAGAAAAAAAAAAAAAAAUCUCUCUUUUGGCUCCACAUUGCCAUCAGGAUAACUGACAUGGCUAAUUGCUGCAGUUGCAGAUUAUAUACAAAUUGAAUAUAAAUGUGAAAAGACAGUCUGACACUGAUUGAUGCUGCUUAUUGAGGAACAUGACAGCUUGUUGGUUAUGCUAAUCCAGGAGUGGUAACAUACAGCAACAGGCGUGCACUGAUGGUAGCCUGAGGUUAUCCCAAUACCUGUCAGAAAAACGCUGGUCUAUCACAGAACUGACAAGAGAGCCCUGACUCAUAACAGAUCCCCGUCCUCUGAUGAGAGUCAAAAGCCUUCCCACUGCUGCAAGAAACCUCAUUGAUUUGUUUGUAUUGGAUUGAUCAUUUCAUAGAGGAUAUAUACGGUUUUAUGUCUGCUGGAGCAAGUUUUGGGGCUGCUACAAAAAAAUAUCUGUGAGAAUGUGUGGCACAGACAAAAAAAAACAACAACAAUCUAACUUGAACUAGCAGUACAAACAAAGCCUUGGAUGAAGGAGGCAGACUAGAGAUGAAACAUUCACAGGAAGUGUAGCAGUCUCCGGAGACGCAAUGGUAGCCCGAGGGUGGAUGGUGUAAUACUAAGCCUGGCUGCAUGCAGCCCGAACACAACCUGCUGUUCAGUUCACCUUUAGGGAAAUACUGUGCCUGACUUCACUGAUUUCUGGUACCUCACAGCUUGAGCAUACGAGGGGUCUAAAGCGAGUGAGUUUAGAUCAGAGCACACGCACCCACUGAGGAUCCGGUGCCAAUCAUACAGAGACACGCAGAAAGGCACAGACACGUCGCACAUGAAACUUCCCUUCCUUUCACUGAUGAAACCGAUUUUCAUUGCAUAGCGACACCAGACGCACACACAGACACAUCAAAGGCACCAUGAGGCAUUUAUCAAAGUCAAAUUUCCCCACUGUUUCCUCCCCGUGAAUCCACUCGACUGGCUUUUUUUCUCCGCCAGCCUUUUUGCUCUUCUAAGUUGAACAUACGCAGCGCCUACAUUUCGCACGAUGGAAUACUAAAAUAUCAGGAAACACAGAGACACUGUGUGCUCCCCCACAUCGUCUCCAACUGGUCUGACACCCGGUGCCAUACAUACAGUGUGACGGCCAUGCAGCCUGACCCCUGAUCAUGACACUGUGCCCAUUGUGGCUGGCAGGCAAACAGUCGUACAGUGAGACACAAUGUUGUUCAGCGGUCAUUUGGGAGGACAAUGGGCCUCAUAGUGUGAAGCGUGUGUGACUCAGUCGGACUGCUAACUGUAGGCGGGGGCGACGGGCAGGCACGGGCCAGGCACAGUGCCUGUACAAACACAUAAGACACACAGACAGACACACAAUCACACACACAUACACACACACAUACACAAACAGACCUGUGGCGCAGUUGGCGGUGUAGACGCACAGAAGCUCCAGCGCCGCCUCCAUGGUGGGGUCAUCCAACAGGAGCCAAGGCCAGAGAGCAAAGAGUGCCAGUGUCAGGCGAGCAUCUGUGGCCACCGUCUACACAGACACACGAGUAAAAAUAAUGGAUCACGCACGCACACGUUUUAAGUAGCACACUUAAAAAGCAAUACAAUACAUUAGAGAAAGCCUGAUUUAUACAGCAGCACAAACACAGAUGGCAGUAAUCAACAUAAAUUGCUCUGGUGUUUUUCUAAGCGUGCAUGAGAAACACACAAGGAGGAGAAUAAUCGCAGGGAAAAUCACGCCAGUUGAGCCUUCCUGGCUACUUAGUCCAAGGUAACCACCAGUGACUAAAAGGCCACUUAGAAAAUGAGAACCGGCUAAUAUGCUCCAUAAGUAAUGCCAUUACAGGGUUUAAGAAGCUAAACUUGCUGACAUGUUAGCAGGACCGUGCACAUUAAGUUGGAUCUCAUUUACAGGCUCAGCAUUGGUACUCCGAGGUUCCAUUAAAAAACAAUUAGCAGCAGGGAAUUAAAAGGCAAGACACAGAGGCUCACUUUGCAUUCAUCGUUGCGAUAAAGAGCGCUCCGCAGGAUCUCCACAGUCAGCUUGAUCUCCUUUAAAUAGCUUUCUUCCUGAUAAUAUAGAAAGACAAAACAAAAAGCAAUAUGUUCAGACGUUCGAGAUGAAAGCACUCUCCGGCAGCUCCAGAACAGCGAGGGGGUUCACUGCUGAGAACUACAACAAGAUUUUGGCCCAGAAAAACUCCACCGUGAUGAGUUCAGGUUGUCGUUACAUCAAAUGGAAAGAAAAAGACUGGCAGCUCCAAGCUGCUGAAGCUGGAAAUUUCCACAUAGUCUCUACUUACCUUUCUGCGGUGAGAGGCUUUACCAGGUCGGACGGACUCCAAGUGGAGUUGGGAGUGAGUUUGCUUCAUCUGCUCUACACAGCUGUCAAUAAGACCAGCUGGAAAUAUAAAAAAACAGAGGUUAGAAUAGGAUCUGAUAUUACCUGAUUUGACUUCUCAGUCAAGUUGCAACUGGACAGCCAAGUCUUUGUCAUGAUAUGUUCUGGUUUUGGUUAUCUGAGUGUAUUUUUUUGUGUGUUUCUUCAUAGUGUUUUUGUUCCCCAUUGUUCUUAUUCUCUGUCACAACGUACAGGGUUAAACAAAGAAAGAGACCCAAAUGCAGAACAACACAAUGAUUUAAUUAAAAGAACGAAAUGAAAAAAAAAAAAAAAGCAGCAAAAGAGAAAAAUCCACAAAAAUCCUGAGGAGCAACAGGGGACAUGUUGAAGCAUACACAUUGACAUACAUACAAUGAACCAAGAAGGACAGAGGGGAAGACAGGGACUAUACACACAGGGUAACGAGCAACAGGUGAAGCAAACGUGACACAGGUGAGGCUAACGAGACAGGUGAAACUCAUGAGUGAUUAACGAGGGAGGGAAAACUACGGAAGUAAAACCAGACUAGAAACACAAGGAAUCAACUACUACAAAAUAAAACAGGAAACUGAACCAAAGGAUAAGACAUUGAAAACAGGAGGGAAACAGGGUCAAACACAAACUGAAAACUCACACGACUGGACAACAGGGGAACAGGAACACUAGGAAGAAACACACAGAAAAUACACUAAGGUAACCAAAACCAGGGGAAAACUAAAUACCAGAACAUAUCAUGACCGUCUUUCCGCUACUGUUACAGUGUUACAGGGAUCUUUUCUUACUUAGAUGCAUUGUAUCUAAAUCACUAUUGAAACAAAAUAAGAUAUAGGCAUUUGGCAUACAAGCCAGAAAAGUCUGCAAUUCACAACCUUCACACAUUGGUUUAAUUCGAGGUAUGGCCCACUGUCACUUUUGAUUUUUACCAUCCGUUUACUGCAAAGUAAUUCCUCAGGUCACUGUUUCUUAUAGCAUUCCCAAACCUUGUAAUCAGAAGUGCAACAUGGCAGCGUUUGAGAGAAGAAAAUGAGGGUGAAGCUUACCUAAAGACCUAAGGACUGCAUCUAACCCUAACGAUUUGAAAACCAAACUCAAAACG